AUGAGUUCAAAUGAGAAAAAAUAUAAAAAUCAGACCAGUACGCCAAUGGAUUAUGCCAACAGUGCUGUGAGUGUUUCAAUUAUUUAUAUAAUAUGUAAUAAUAAUAUUAUUUAAAACGAAGUUAUCGAUACAUACUUUUUUUGUUUUGUAAUUGUAUUAAUUAUCUAUAGUAAUAUUAUCAACUCUGUAAUUAACAGUGUCUGGUGGGAGCCUAUACAAUUAACAGUGCAUUCAUCGCACAAGCCUUUAUUAUCUAAAAACAGUUUUAUAUUAUUUGAUUUUAAUGUAAGUACACAUGACUAAUGGUUACUGCUUAUCAUUUUUAUUUUCAAAUAAAUCAUGUAAUAAAUAUUAUCAUUAAGAUUAUUGUUUGUUUAAAACCGCAGAUCAUAAUGAUAAAAAUUGUGGAAGCUUAUAAAAAUAUACACAAAUGGGUAUCUUGUUCGUUAAUCGACUAGGUUAGUUAAUUGGUUAUCAGUUUAAACGAUUAUAAUAUUAGAAUUUUCUAAUAAAAAAAUCGUUAAAACAUUUUCUACUUAUAAAUUGUAUUUUUAUUAUCACACUAAUCAAAACAACACCAAUUUUAAAUAUGAAUAAUGGUCUGAGGAAUAAUACUAAUACCGAAUAAUACUAUUACAGAUAAACACUAAUGUUUUCUUAAGUAGACAAAUUAAAAUUUAGCUUGAUUGUUCAAAUUAUUACAGUAUUGUGUCUUUGAGUUAACAAUUAAAGUUUUUAAUUAUUUGUAAUUAGGCGUCACGCUACUGUUAAAUAAUGAAACACGUUUCAAAUCCAAUAAAUGCUCAUUGUAAAAUUAUCUAUAGGGUGAUAAAAUGAGUAAAAAACUUUUCAAGCGAUAUCCUUAUAGAUUUAAUGUACACAUUAGCGAUAAUACGAUAGUUUAAACUUUAAAUAGUUUAAUUUAUUUUAAAUAUAUCAUAUAUGUAUAUUCUGGUAUAAAAUUGAAGCCAGUAGAUUGUUCUAAAGAUAAAUGAAAUCUUAGUGUAGGAAUACUUAAAAUACCUACCAACAAAAUAGUCCUUUACAUACCUAUUUUGGUAUGGUAAAUGUGAAAUAAUUGUGCAGGAGGAGAAAGAGAAUUUUUCAUGCUCCUUUUUUGGAAUAAUUUAAAAUAGACAGUGAAAAAAAUAAGUUUAUUUCUUUCAAAAUCUAUAUCCGAAUAUGGACAAAAAUGUGUAGAUAAAUACAAAUUGUGAGGUCUUUUUUUAUUACGUAAUAUAUUUGUUUAUAAAUCGAGCAUAUUUUGCUGUUUGUUGGAUAGUUUUUAUACAAGAAAGAAUAGAAAAACUUCAAACACCUGGCGUAUUAUUCGUUGAAAAUAUUUCAAAUUUUAUCAAAUAAUUUACUGGUCCUGAGCUAUAUAAGGAAUCAUUAGUCACUAACUCAAUUAUAAUUUCUUAAAAUUGAUGUUUUUCGUUAUUGCUGCAAGUUUUUAUAGACAGCUAAAAACCCAAUCAAUGCUAUAUGGUCUUUAUGUAUUACAUUAAAAGAAUUUUUUAAGUUCACAUAAGUAACAUUAAAAAAAAAAGUCUUUGUCGUAAGCCAUGACUCUCAAAGUUUCAGCCCUGAUUAGAGGAAAAGAAACUUCUAGCAAUCCUUCGGGAUAGUGAGAUUUUAAACUUGAAUUUUGAUCUUGGAAUAUCUUGGAAUUUUUUUUGUUUAUUUUUAGUUUCCAUUGCUAAAAUAAAAUAACAAAAUUAUUGUCACAGCCCGACUAUCUCCAAUGUUUACUUUUUUAUAAAUUGUGAAGUAGAGAGGUAAAAAUUCAUCGGAAGGAAUAAUGAACCGGAGUAACUUACUAAAAUAUGAUAUUUACCUCCCAAAUAGUUGUAUGUUUUAUCGGAGAAGGUAUUAUUUUAGGGUGGGAUCAAGGUGAUUAGAUAUUACACCAGGAUUUUCUCUGCUCCUAUUGAUUCGAUUUAUUCCUUUUCCUGUCUGCUAUAAUAAAAUACUUGGAUAAUCAAAUAAAAUAACCGUAGGCAAAAUCGGGUAAGACAGAUUGUUAUACAACAGAUUAUUAAUCAUAUAUCAUAUAGUCUAUAUCGUUUGUACGAGUAUUCAGUAAGUAAUAAAUUAUAAUAUAUUAUUGUAAUAUCGUUAUUAUAAAAUAAUAAAGUAAUAACACAUAUUUACAAUUAAUUGGUUAGGUUAGGUUAGGUUAGAAAAAUAUAGGUACUUAAUAAUUUGCGUAUAGAUUGUACAUAAUAUAUACAAUGCCACAGAUAUUGAGCAUUAUCGAUUAGCAAUAAUAAUUUAUUGUUUAAUUACAUAAUAUUAUAUUAGAUAAACAAAGAAUUGAAUUUUCUAUAUUUUAAUCAAACACAUUUUAUUUUAUAUUAAUAAUAAAGGAUAAUAAUUAUAUAAUAUUAUAAAAUAUAAACACAGUACGAACGUAUUAUUGACAUUUUCUGUUCGAUAAUCUUUUAUACCACGAUGACCAGGGCCGGCUUGAAGGCAGUCCAAGCUACACACUCGCACAGAGCCCUGCGCUUUUAGAUGCCCCGCGUCUACUAACAAUAGCUAGAUAGUAAUUUCACAUGAUUAUUUAGGGAAAUACAGAUUAAAAUUAAUAAGAACUAUGAAGAAUUGUACUGUAUUAUAAAGAUUUUAUUACGCUAUUGAUAUUAGAAAAUAAAAAUUAAAAAAAAGCUUAUUGAGACCCCACAAACUACUGUACAGGGCCUCGAUAUUUUCUAAGCCGAUCCUGACGAUGUCAACAUUAAUACAUAUUCCUGGACCAUACCUAUUAAUUAUAAUAUUAAUACUACAUUGUGUAUGAACAUUUGAUUGAUAAAAUAGAUCAGAUAGUAAGUGUGACACAAUCAAUAAUAUAUUAUUUAGUGGCACUUAUUGGAAAUUCCUCGGACCGAGAGAAUAAUUUUAUGGUUUUAUGUACCAAACUAAAUAAUAUAUAUAGGUACACAAAAUGCGAAUUCAUACCUACAUAAGAUAUAUGUAUUUUGUUUUUGCAAACUUUAAAACAUCUAACAAGAAAACAAAUAUUUUGCUUUACAAUAAUUAUACUUACAAUAAAAUCUAUUAAAUAAACUUUGUACAUAUAUGGUUACGUACCUACCUAUAUUAUGUACACGACUGAAAAAUAAUUUAUAUAAGUUAUAGUUUUAUAAGUAAAACUUAAUUCGAAGGUCUUAUAAACUCAUUUGUUAGAUUUAUUAUAUACAUUUGAUUUAGACACCUAUUUAAUUACUGUUAUACAAUUAUUAUGCAAAUAUAAUAUUCAUCUUUGAGCAUUUGGACAUAUUGGAAAUUAUAUAUUGUUUCCUAUAUAAGUAUUUAUACAGGGUAAUCGAUUUAUUACGAAUCAGCAAUUUUCUCAGAAGAUUUUAAGUGAAUAUGAUUAUGUUUUUUUUUUUCAACUAUUAGGUAUAUAGACUAUGGAGUCCUUAAAGCUUUAUUUCAACAUUAUAUUUUCACGAAGGAUACGGAUUUUUCAUCCGGUGAUAUUUUAUUUGAAACAAAUUCUAUUAUUUCCAAACAGGUUUUUUUUUAAAAUUAAAAAAAUACUCAACAAAUUUCUUUAUAUCCGGGGAUACAUAUUUUAUUUAAAACAUUAGUACAUGAAAAUUAUUGAAAAAAACGCCCGUGAGCAACAGACGUCAUAUGAGUCGAAUUUGCUCCUAGCCUACUUGUUGCCGUUAUCAUAUUUAAUUUUUUAAACAAAUUUGUCUAGGUACUUGAUCUAAAAUCAUAAUCGAAAAUUUGUUCGUAAAUUAUUUAAAACACGUUUUUCAUUCGUACGAAAUUGGCGUUUUUCGAUGUAUGAAAAAUAAUAUGUUAGACCUUCGAAAUUGCGUGUAACAAUAAAUUGCGGUACUGAAUACUGAUGAGUAAAUAUUUGAGUAUAUGUAAACUGUCGGGUUGUCAAUUUAAUUUUUUGUUUCGUUGUAGGAUGCCAAAAAAAAAAAAUAAAAAAAUAAUAAAUGUGUGUAUUUCUGCGUGUGCUAAUAUUAGAUUUGUUCUUUCGCAGUAUUUUUAGUUUUUACCUUCAAUGUCAGUACUUAAUUUAUUUAGCUAUAAUAAAAUCAAGAGCAGAGUAGGUAUAACCUUUAUAGUUGGUAUAACUAAUUGUUUAACGGGUAUAAUGGUACAUAGCAAUUUAUUUCAAAUAAUUUAUAAAUAUAAUUAAUUGUGUAAAACUGUGGUACGAAAAUUGUUAAAUUUUACUUAAAUUAGUUAAAACUACAAGGAAAGUCAAAAAAAUUACCUCUCAAACGUACCAGCUCGAUAAAAAAUACUAAAAGAAAGCUUCUAUAAAGUUUUUUAUUGGAGUUUUAUUUAUAAAAUACCAAGGAAAUAAAAACUAAAAAAAAACAAACUAGAUAAUGUCAAAUGUAUACAAAUCAUUAAAAAUAUGCAAAUUAUUUUAUAAAAUUUACCAUGUUAAGGAAUAUCUUAUAUUAUUAUUCGAAAAAUUUCAGGUUCCUGUGAAUAUUUUUAUCGAAUUACAACAAAAAAAUAAAAUUUUAAAUAAUGUUAUCGUAAUUUCCAGUUUUUCUUACUAUUUUUCCCGGUUUUGCCCAACUAUUAAGAAAACUGUAAAGGAAUUAAAACGCGACUUUCUUACAUACCAACUAGAUCCAAAAUGUAAAAAAAAAAAGAUACUUAUCUUAUCGUUUUUCUAUAGAAGCAAAAUUUUAGGUAGACAACAUAAAUAGUAAAAAUUUAAAAUAAUGAAAUAAGUAACGCAGAGGCGUGCACAGAGGCGGUAUAUUUUCGUCCGUUUAUCCUAUAAUUUUUUCCUGGCUUUUCCUGCAAUUAUUAUGGAAAUCUCUCGGAAAAUUGAAAAAUGAUCUUUCGAUGAACUAAUUAGAUCUAAAAUGUAACAAAAAAGUUUUUGUAGUAUUUUUCGAUUAUUUGCUUUGCUCAUAAUCUAAAAAACAAAAAUAAACUACACGAGUUUUUGCUAAUAGUUGAUGAUAUUAUAACAAAAUAUAAAAUUGUAUAUUAGAUUAUUAGCGUUACUAAUGUAUAUAUAUGUCCCCGAGUCCGUGCUUGAAACUAUACUAUUUAUGAAAUAAUUAUUUAAUUUUUUUUAAAAAAAUUAAUAUUUUAAAUUAAAAAAACUAUUAAAAACUUUUUUUUUUUUAAUUGAAAUUUUUAUUUCACGAAAAAACAAACAGUACAAAUUUUCGGAAUAAGCAAAAUAAUUUUUUUUUAUAUUGAAAAAAUAGGCUUAAAACCAAUAAUAAAAUCAAAAUAAACAAAAAAAAAAACGAGUCGUAUAAUAAAUAUGUAUAUUUAUUAUAUUUUAUUAUAUUUUAUUACCUAUAUUUAUUAUCGUAUUAUACGUAGUUAUACAUUUACUUAAAAUUAUAACUUAGUACAAUACAAAUUAUAACCUUAAAAAAGUUUUUAUUAAUACAGCAAUACGUCAAUAUUAUUGUUUGCAAUAAAAGUGCCUUUCAAACACCUAUUUAAUAUUUAUACGUUAUCACUUUAUUUUAGUUCUUUUUGUCGGCAAUUUAUAUAGGUUGUCGUUAUCCGUUCGUUAUUAGUCUAUUAUUGACUAAACAAAGUUUGAAUUUCUUAAUGUAGAAGUUUUGUUUGCAUGAACGGCUUUCGGCUGGUUUUAAUUAUAAGUUUGUAACCGAAAUUUUCGAACAAUUUAUAAUAACCCUAGUAAUAUUAACUUUGUUCAUUAUAACACGUAACUUUUGAAAUAAUGUAAUAUGAAUUUUAUAGAUUGAUUAAAAAUAUUAUACUAACCUGAAUAGCGUGAUAAUUUUUUUUUGUAUGUAAGUAUAUAAUAUUUACUGAAGUAUACUGUUCUGAUUUUAAUUAUUCUUUAGGUUUAUAGUGUAUAUUUUAUAAUUAUGAAUUCAAAAUUGUGUACCUAUCUCAUGUUUCAAACUAUAGGAAUUUUAUGUUUAAUUUUAAGUUGAAGUAGUGAGUAACAUGAUAUUAUAAAACCUAAAAUUUGAUAAGAUUAAAAAUUAUACGAAAUAACUGGGUAUAAAUUACUUUUAUAUAUUAUGUAUAUUAUAUACAUAUUUAUGUAAAACAAAAAGUGAACUAAAAAGAAAAUAAUUAAAAGACAAGUGUAAAGAAUACGAAAUAGUAAAACUUUAUUCAUAAUUAUGCAUCUUUUAUAUUAAUUAAUUAUUCGGAAUGUAUCGUUUAAUUCAAAUUAAUUUGUAGUCAAUUAUUUCCAAUUAAUUAAAUUUGAAGUUUCAUCUUUAUACGUUAUGUUCUGUAAUUGUCAUUCCUAAAAGUUGCGCUAUGGUGAUAUGUGGAGAGUAUUUAAAUUUAAUCUAAAUGAUGUACUUUCCGAAACGAAUUAAAAAUAUGUUUUUAAUGGUAAAAAUUAUGAUAGUAAAAAUAUCUCAACAGGAAGUGUCACGUUUUACAAUUUGUAAAUAACAUUCGUAACAUAUUUCAAUUGAAUUGUAUAUAAAAUAAGUCAUAACUAUACGAAAUACUGUUUUAGUAUAAUGAUAUAAAUCAAUAUUUAUAUUUAUAUUUUAUUGUAGUGUAAUGUAUUAUUGUGAUUUCCGUAACGUUAAUGUAAAAAAGCCGUCUUCGGAUAAUGGAGAUACAUACAGCCACUGUUAUAAGUAAUUUAUUGUAUAUCUGUAAGCAACGAUAAAUCAUUGUUAAUGAAAAACGAUUCUGUGCGCAGUUCAGUUGAUAGUGAUGCUUUGUCAACAAUAUAUAUAUAUAAAAUACCAAAUUAAAUAUGUAUUUUCUUUAAUAACAUAUGUUUAAUAUUGUACCGAUUUUUCCCUUUUUUCCUACCUUUUUCCAUGUUUUUCCCGGUUUUCCACAUUUGCAGGCAAAACUCUUGGGAAAAUCGAAAAAUCACCUUAAUGUAUCUCCCAAGUCAGAUUUUUUUUUUAGAAAAGUGCUAUUAUUGUAAAUCGGAGCAAUAUUGCUGGUAUAAAAGUUGUUGACAGAAAAACAAAUCGUAAUAUUUUAUUAUUAAUACCUACAUUUCGUAUAUUUUCCGUUUUCCAAUUUUUUCCCAGAUAUUAUGAAAGCCAUUUGAUAAAUUAAAAAAUUACCUCCCCAAAUUACCAUGAAGAAAAUAGGUUACACUUGAUACAUCGGAGUAAGAUUUUUGGUAGAAAAGUUUGCACAACAAUUCGAGGGGUAUUAUGCGAUUAAAAUAGUCGGAUGAAGUCGGCUUGAGUCUGUUUUAGGUACAUCCAAAAUGUAUUUGUUUAGUUAAAAUGGGGGGGGGGGGGGAAAUGCAAAAUAUGAUUUGAACUCGAAACCCCUAGGAUGAUAAUUGUCAUAAAUAACCAUUAGAUUUCGACGAAUAUUCUUUAAGAAGGACAAUAUGGAGUUAUUUAAAAUAACAUAUAAUAUCUGCAUAAUAUCAAAACUUCAAAAAGCUAUAAUUUCAAAACAUAUUAAGUCCGCUUAAUUCUAACUUCACCAUCGCUCUUGAAUCAGCAAUAUACAUAUGUUUAGAAAAAAAAAAUUGAAAAAUUAGAUUUGUUCCACAUAAUUUUUUCCACAACCGAUUUUUGUUAAAAUUUGAUAUUAAAAUUCCCUUAUAAAAAAAAUACUGCAUUAAAUUUCUUUUUAUUUUUUUUUUUACUAGAAAGUAAGAUUCUUAAAGAACCUCCUGUGAAAUAUUCAAGCAUUUCUGUUCAAGUCUUACAAUUUUACCACAGAGUAUCCAUCGAAUAAAUAUUACGUUCAAAACUCUCAAAAUUAAAAUGUCUAUAAAUACUACAAACAUGGCUUAAAUUUUUUGAAAAUUUUAUCACGUCUAGAAAAGGUAAAUAUAAGUUUUCUGUUCAAAUUUCAAGUCCAUAGAGAUGAUACAAUUAUUUUUAACUGAAUUACAACAAAUAACAAAAUUGAAAAAUUACAAAAGCAUUAUUUUCGUAAAUUUCCAGUUUCUUUUACGCUUUAUCCUGGUUUUUUCUAGAUAUUAUAAAAAUGGCUUGGAAAAUUAAAAAUUGACUUUCCAAAAGUACCAUCUGGAUUUCCUUUCGGAAAUGGUGCCGCGCGUUUAUAUCUAAACAAGAUUUCUGGUAAAAAUUUUUGUACACAUUAUAAAAAAUAAUAAUAAUAAUAAAAAAAUAAACAUCUUAGUAAAACUAAUACAUUCUUCGCUGCAGAAUCUAAAAUAAAUUUAACAUAAUAAUGUAUAGUACAUACAAUAUAGAACAUUCAUAAAAAGAAAAUAUUGAAUAUGUUUUACGGAAAAUUAUAUAACAUUCAUUACAUAGUAGUAGUAUGUUUAGCGUAUACUAUAUAAGUUUGGAGGGAAAAUUUUAUGAAUGAACGUUUGUUGAGAAUUUUUAUUAUGCUUAUAUUGUUAUGAAUAUAUUAUGCUAUAAAAAAAAAAAAACAUUCAGCCAUUUAUCUCUACUUACAUACAUCAUUAAGAGUAUUUUUGUAAUUUCUUUCACAUUAUUUUAAAAGUAAUUAUUACAAUUGUGUUUUUAUAUUAAACAAAUUAUACUAAAAUAUUGCAAAAUAUUAUUUAUUUUUUUAAAGUUCGACUUUGAUGUGCAAAAAUCACAAGAGUUUAAUCACUUUAUAUAUGACGGGUAGAUAUAUGUUUUGAUCGUUUGCCAAGAUAAACAUGUUAUACGACGAACACUGUUGCUUUUUAAUUUUUGUUUACCUAAAUAUGUUUAAUUUUUUUUAAAUAUAAUUUUACUAAAAAAAAUAUUUAAACCUACAUAUGUUUUUUCGAUCAGUAGAUUUUGUAUCCAAAGAGUCGGAUAAUAUGCUUCGCUUACCUGCGUGGGUAGGCAACUGUUGUAAGUUUGAAGUUGAGAAGGUAAUUCAGUUUCAUACUACUGAAUGUUACGAUGAAUUGGUGCAAAUUUGCAAAAUAAAAAAAUAAAAAUCGAUUCAUGUCGAGGGUGGAGUUAUCGUUUAAAUUGCUUUUUGGUUUUUCGAUUUUUACGGUCUUUUGGUUUUUGCCUGUAUAACUGAGAGAACUUAUGAAAAAAUAAAAAGUUUCUUGAUUUCUAUUUAAAGUCCAAAUUUCGAUUUUUACUACCGAAAAAAUGGUCACAGAUACAGAAAAGAAAAAUGCUGAUUUCUAUAACUAAUAUUAUUAUAUUCAUCGCUUCGCUCCGCAUCAACAGUAUAAAUAUGUAAUACAAAUCCAGAAAAUUACAAUAAUUUAUUUUUAAAUUCCGUUUUGCUAUGGAUUACUAUUUAUUGGAGUCUCGUCACAACGUUGCCCGUGAUAUCCAGGUUAUUACUAUUAUAACCAAAGUUUAGGUUAGGUAUAUAGAUUUGUAUUGUUUUUUUGAUAUAUGUAACUAAGGGAAACUAGAAAUCAUUAAAAAAAAGAAAAAAAUAAUCUCACUUAAACAAAACAGACUGUAUACAAACACUUCCUUUUGUUACAGAGACAAACCAGUUGUAGUUUAUUUUCUAAUAACGUUUUACUAAAACGUGCAUAACAAUAAAGUACCUACCUAUAAUACCUAUUUAAUAGACAUUGUACAAUAUUAAUUAUUAUUACGGGUAAUUUUAUGGAAAUAUCAUGCACCUUUAUUUAAAUGACGAAAUAUUCUUAACACGCAUGUUCAAUUAAUUAAAUGUAAUAUGCAGAAGAGGCGGUGUUGUACAAACGCUUACAAAAUACUGUAUAAGCUAUGAUGCUAAAAUUUAAAAUGACGUUAUAACCGGCAAUAUAACAUGUUUUAUGUCGUAUCUUGUAUAGUAGCAUGACGUGACCGACAUAAUAAUUGAUAAUAAUAUUAUAAUUGUUUUUCUCUACUUGCACUACGGUAUUAUUAUAUAGAAUAACAAAAAAAAAAAAACGAUUGUGUAAUUAGUUAGACAUUUUAUCUGAGUGACAUCAAUAUACGAUGUGCUUCGUCGACGUACUAGCCCAUUAUUUUCACGGUAAACAUCAACUACAUAUUCACUUCCCUCUUCCUUAUUCUUUUUCUCAAAAGAAUAUAGAAGAACCAAUUGUAAUAUGGUUAGUAUGUAUAGUUUACCAAUUAUUCUACAUAGAGUCGAGAAGUUAUAUUGUUUGUACUUUUAUAGGUUUAGUGGUACUAGAGAACGGAAAAAAUAUGGAGUUUUCCAUACUCGGAGAAGAUUUAGGCUAAAUAAGAAGUAGCUAAAGGUUAUUGGGGAUGAUAAUAUGAGGGUUUGUUGGGUAUAAAUGAUUAGUGAUGUAUUAUACAUAAAGGCUAUAGACUGUUGAGUGUGAAAAUAGGAGUAUAGUGAUUCCACUUGCGUGGGAUAAAGGCGAUAAGGAAUAAGAGGAUUAUAAGUAGUUGCACAGUAUCCAAAAUCGUUUUUCAUUGGUCUUAACUGUAAGCUAGUCAUUUGGACACAAAAAACCUCAUAAAAAAAAAAAAUGGCCUGUGACUUUUAACGAUGCGAAUAAUAUAAUUAUUAUUACGGUACGGCUUCCAAAAGAGUAUAAUCUAAUGGACAGGGAAUUAAAUUAUUGUCCGAUCAAGGAUGAUGGCGACGUGGACCUCACCUAGAUCGCCGAUACACUUUUGUCACCCCCACCCGGCCUGCACCGUCACGUUAUUGACACUGAGCCGUCGUUGUUGAUGUCAAUUAUAAGAAGUGGUUUAAACUUCGUCGUAUCGUGUGUUUUGAACACGAUCUUAUCUUUUUGGAUGCAAGGCAUAUGAUUUAAUCGAAUUGAAUACAGUUGUAUACUACACAAUAUCACGUAAACAUGUACGCUUGAAGGAAAUAUAACGAAUAAAAGAUAUACUGUUCACAAAAAACGUAUUGGAAAUUUCAAAUCGACGUUUUAAUAGGUUAUAUAGAAAAUGUAGAAAAUUCGAAGAAAAAAAAAUUUCAAAAAUACAUUCGUAUAGAGACGUCAAACAUUUUAUUGGCGUGUCAAAUGGUGGUUAUCACGGUCCCGUGUACACCGCGACAAGUAGAUAUUGACGGUACAGCUAAUCAGACGAGAGUAUUUAUUUUGCAUGGGACACGGACGAGGUGUGAUGUCUACCAAUAAUAUUAUUAACUGUCCGUAUCGAGCGACGCGCGUCCUCGAGCUGUGUGUCGUCUCGACCUUGAGACCGGUACAUCGGGCCAAUGUGUUCCACGGUGACGGUUGCGGCGGCGGCCUUUGCGAAAGGGUAUGGUCGGCGGCGACCACUGCCGUCGUGACGCAUGACGCUGGCCGCGGGCGCACCCUCCCGCCCGCCAGCCCGCGCACACAGCUGAGCGAAUUUUCCCGGGGACCGGCCGCUAAAGGGCCGCGUGCCAACGGCGCAGGAGUGACGCCCGUGCGCUCGUUCCUCCUUGUUCUCCGUCGUCCGCGCGCACCGGUGGCGCCGCGACACCGAGUCGGCCGUCGACGUAACGCGCACCUCAACAUUUCGUCCGCGUACCCCGAUCCGCCGCCACCUGCGCGCCGCGUAUCCGAACGUAUUAUUAUUGUUGUUAUUAUUAUUUUUCUCCGUUCGAAAACACAACGUGCGUUCCACACUACCCUAAUAUUAUUCAUUUUUUCAUUAUUACCUCGUACAAAAUACAACUAUAUAAUAUGACGCGCCCUCGUGCAAUAUUAUAACGACAUGAAUUUUGCCACCGUCGCACACCGCCACUACCGUCGCCGUCGUCGUCGCUGUGCUUCGUUACCUGUGACACGCACCGAUCGUUUUGUGCACAUCGUGUCGUAGAAAAAAAAAACCCAUAAAAAAAAAAUAAUAAUAAUAAUAAAAAAUAAAAUAGUAAAAACAAUCAUGCGAAAAGUAAGUGUCGUGUGUGAAAAUUUUGAAUAGACGAUAAAAUAUUAUUAUUAUCUUAAUAUAAAAAUACGCAUUGUGUGCAGUGUGUGGUUGGUGUGUAUACUAUUUUGCAUGGAAAUAUUUUGUACAGUUUUGCUUUGACGUUGAAGAAUAAUACGAUAAUAAUUAACGUUGUCGUUUCAAAAAUAUUUAAUUUUUUUAUUAUCGCACCGACGCCAAUUUGUAAGUAUAGUAAAAAUUAAAAAUUAAAUUUUACUUAGAACUUGUAGGUACCAAAUAUGUUGCACUCCCUUAUGGUUGUAAAAUAAUACAUCCAUUAGUCAUCGUUAUGCAAUUUACUAUAUUGUUAAUUUAGUUAUAGGGCUCGGCUUUUACAUUGCAUUUAAGAAUAUUAUGCAUUAUUGCUUUAGAAAAAUGUAAAAAUAUAAUUAAAAAUUCAUCAAAAAUCAGAAACAAUAACGACCCGUUUAAAAAUAAUAAUAGAAAUCGUAACUAAUAAGAAAGAGAAAUAAUUUAAAAAUAUUGGUUAGUUAAAAAUGGAGGGUGUAAUAUAAUAAUUUAAUUUAUUUACAUUAUUUGUUUUUAUUUUAUUUAUAUUAUAUUAAAUUAAAUUAUUAUUUAUAACGAUAAAUCAUUGAUAACGUAAAACGUUGUUGAGAAAAGUUCGGUUAAACAUGUUUUGGAAUGCUGUAAUUUGUAUAAUUUUCCUUAUCAUUUUAACUCAAAACGCUUAAAAAAUAACUAUCACAUGCCGCUCAAAUUUUUUUUUAACCAUUAGGUGGAAUUUAUGAUGAACAUCGUAUUAAAUUUUUAUGUAAUUUUUCCGGCUUAAAACAAUUUUAUCCACAUAAAACCAAAUAAAAACUAAACAAACUAGACGACUUUAUAAUGGCUUAAAAUGGCUAUAAAUAACCCGAAAUUACAAGAAAGUUUUGAAAAUUUGUUUAUGUCUAAAAAGACCUACUAUAAGGAUUCGAUGAAAAUGUCAGGUCUUUAUGAUAAUUUUUGUAUGAAUUACAAAAAACAAAUGAAAUUUAAGGGAUCGGUGCAAUGUAUGAUCUAUCGACUAGCUUAUUUAUAUGUGCUACUUAAAAUGGUAAUGGACUUACUAAAAUGUUGAUUGUUAAAUUUAUAUUGCAAAAGUAUUCUUUAAAUCUGAUAAAAAAAAAAAAAAUCAUAAAAUAUUUGGAAUUUUAAUGGGUGACAUUAUCGCCACCAUUAGUUGACUGUCUAAUAGUAGAAAGACACGAUUACAACUACAGAAGCUAUUAUUGCGUGCAUUUUCCUGUUUUCCCCAAUAAUAAAAAAAACCUAAAAGACAAAUUAAAAAGAUAAAAUAAAUAAAUUUGACUAGGGGCAAAUAAUCAAAAGUGAAAUUGGACGGAGGGAAGGGGGGUAAAUUGAUAUUUAAACUCCUCGCUGGUCAAACAUCACACUGGGAUCAGUAAUCUUUAGUGACAUUUACCUCCUCUCCUCCGGUAAAGUGUCACACUAGGGUCAAAAUAUUUGGGAAAGCGCUCUUAUUGAAAAUAUAUGUAAGAUUUUCCAAAAAUUGUAUUUUAUUUAGAAUGUAAAUUCGACGAAAAAAAUUAUAGGUAUCUUAUUCAGUAAUAAAUUCCAUUUCCUAAAAAAAAUGUGGCCAAAUCUUAAUAAAGUUCAAGCCCUAAUGAUCAUAUUGUAUUCUCUGUUUAAUAAUUUAUAUCAAUUUAUAUCAAUUAUAUAUUGGUACCUUUUGAUAGUGUUUGAUAUUUCGUUCAAAAAAUUAAAAUUAUAUUUAUUAUAUAAUCUACAGAAUAUGAAUCACCUAAACCAAGUUGUACUGACUCUUAGUCUAUAAUAUUUUAGUUUGCAAAUGUAUAUACCAAUAAUUUUUCAAGUAGCGUUUUGCAUACAUUUUUUAUUGAGUAGUUUAUAGGCCUAAAUAUAAGUUUAAACAUUCAGAUUGGAUGAUUUUGGCCAAUCGUACUAAACAUCCAACCGGUUCAGUUAAAUGGCUUAAUUAGAAGAUUAUCACCAUAAGUAAACUCGGUGUAUCACCAUUCCUCAUAUGAAAUGUUCGGAACGUGGUAAUAACCACCUGAAAACCUGUUGUCUAAUUUGUGAGUUUUAAUCCCUCUCACUCUCUUUAUUUAUUCGACUUAUUUACAAUCGAUCUCACUCAAACAGUAUUAUGAUAAAAUCACGCGGAAUCCGAGUUGGAAAGAUUUGCUGGUUGCAACACAGAAGUCUGAUGGCCGCUAAACAAUAAAAUAUAACAUUUUCUAUUAUUUUCUCUACAUCUGUUUGGUAUCGCAAAAUAUGACCCAUUAUUUUAUCAUUAUCGCUAGUUUUGUCCUAAUUUAAUAACUAAGCUAACAACCCUUUGUGCUAUGCACGAUCACACGCCCGUCUAAUCAGACCCUGCGUUGUACUGCAACAAUGCAUUUAUCAGCUUUUGUAGUUUUACAGCAUGAUUAAAAAACACUUUAAGAAAAUAGCUUUUAUCUUGACUUAUUUACAAUUCUAAUUAGUUACAUACUGUCUUGUGCUAUAGACUGAGAUACGUUAUUAUGUUUAAUGUUUAUAAAGGUUUUGAUUUAUGUGAUGUUAAAAUAUACGAGUCCAACAAAACUACAAAACAUUUUCUUCAUUAAUAUUAUUGAUAGUAGUUUAAUUUUACCAAAUUUUAGUGUACGUGCUGGUAUAAACGACAGAACAUUGUAUACAUUACACUGUACUCAAAGGAAAAUUUAACUUUUGAACGUUUUUAACGUUUCAUUGGAGUAUAAAUUGAAAAUCGAUAAUGUGAUAAUAUCUAUGACUCAUCAUACUCUAGAAUCUAGAUAAUUUUAUUAUUGUUUUUAACUUUCAUAACGAGUACAAAAAUUCUAAAAUGUCUUUAAAGGGUACAGUUUUUCUGUUUUACGUGAACAUAUUUUUGAACAAAUUUUACGAUUGGGUAAAUACUCGCGAUCCCCGGGAUCGUUUUUAAAUUUAUACGAGAGUAAAUUUUAAUAUUUUCGAGUCCUAAUAAAUUAUUAUUUUUUUAAAUUAUUUUAUUAAAAUUGCCUAUACUUUACCCCUUAAAUAUUGAAGGUGGUGUGACCUCCAUUUAAUUGGACGUAUAUAAAAUUGUAUAUUGUUAAAAGUUCUAUAAUUAAAACAAACCUACUACUAGUCGAGCGUAUUAAUGACACAAAAAACAAUUAACCAGUUAAAAAGUUACUUAACCUUUUUAAUUAGUUAAUGUCUACCAUUGAUAUUUCAUACUUACUUAUAUAAUACAUAUAGUGUUGUGUCUUGUGUGGAAAUACAUAUUUAAAAUGCAAGGUUACUUUAUGGCAGAGUUUGUGUAUUUUGUUAUUCGCACCACUUCGAUUUAAUACAUUUUUAACCUUUUAUACAACGACAUUUUCAAUACGAUUACAUAUUUUCCAAUUGUUUUGUUAAAUAUUUGCUUUAGCGAAAAGUUAAUUUCAAGUUUAAUUUGUUUACACUUGUGAUAUCCGUGUUUUUUAACAUUGCUAAUUAUUCAUAAAAUAUUAUCAUGGUUGAUUUAAAACGUAGGCUUUAUAGGCUUCAUAGAUCAUUGCUGUUAUUUUUAGAAGGCCGAAAUUUUUUUAUCUAAUUGUAAAAUCUAAAAUAGUACUGGGGUCCAGCCUUUUAGUUAUUAUUUUUUUUAUUUCUGGAUUAUUUUGCCUACAAGAGAAGAAACAACCUUACUACUUUAUUGAACUCUACUCAGAAUUGUGUUUGGAUUGCAAUGAUUUAUCGUUACUUUUUAUUUAAAACUAAAUUAAACUAUUUCUAAUACCAUUGUGAUAGAUCUAUUCUAAUAAUUAACUGUGCUAAGUAUUUCCGACUAUUUAAACAUUAAUUAUUUAUAUUCAAUAUUUAUUUUGAACAUUGAGUUAGUCAAAAUAUUAUAAACCAUAAUAAAAUGGGCUAUAAAAUAUUAUGUUAAUUGACAAAUAUAUUUUAAUCAGAUUGGAAGUUGAUUAAAGAAUAAUAAGAAAAAAUAUAAUUAUUGAAUGUAAUUCCGAUAAGACUUCCGUGAAUAGGUUUGUAUUCCAAUAAUCUAUUUAUUUGAAUGAAAAGUUAUUUUAAAAUUUUAAAAUAAUUCAUUAGACCCGUAAAAGCUUAAAAGAUUUGAUGACUUUUUUCUUAGGUAAUAUUAGAUCCCCUCCCUAAAGUUCUAGUAGAUUGUAUAGGAGCGGCAGAAUAUGAUCUUUGUUACGCGUAAUAAAUCACCAACACCGACCCUGAAUAUUGUAAACUAUAAUGUAUAACUUUUUUGAUCAUUUAUAUAAUAAUUUGUUUUCGCUUUUUUGUAGAUUUAUUAAUUACUACGAUCUCCACAUGAACAGGUUUUUGUUUACUGAGAAAUUGAUAAAAAAAAGCUUAUCAAAAGUGUAAUCACAAUAAUACAAAUAAUAAUAAUGAAAAUAAUAUAAUUUUCAUCGAUUCAAUUUAUUGUAGUAUUAUUAUAGAAUUACCAGUAUGAAUACUUACAGGUCAAGGCCUUUUUUAUCGAGUUAUCAUUUAUUAUUGUGUCAUAUUAUUAUGACAAAAGAAUAUCGUGAUGAUCUACGAUUCAAGAUUUUUUCCAACAUCAUAGAAUCCUCUUAUUUACUAUAUUUUCAAAAUGAUCGUAUAUGAUUCGAUAAAUUAAAUUCACGCAAAAUCUUCGUAUAAUACACUCAUUUGGUUCAUAUUAAAAAAGAAUCACCAUGUAAAAAACCAAGAGAGUUAAAAUAUUCACUUGGAAAUAUUCAAAUAUAUAUGGGUUUCGCUGAAAUUAAUUUAUAUAUCACAUUUAUCUGGUUUAUGGACGUGUUUUAAUAAAUAUUUUAAGUACAUCAUUUUUAUUUAAAUGUUAAUUUAUUUUGAUGACUAAAAUGUAUUGCAUUAUGAUAUUUUGAUUGUGUCACGAGUUAAAUAAAUGAAUAUGUAUAAAUUUAUAUUUUCAUUUUAUGUAUAAAUAUAUAUUUUCAUUUUGUGUAUAAAUUAUUUGUUUGUACCAAUAUUAAAUUAUGCAUGGAACUAUUAAGUAGGAAGUUAAUUUUUCCUAUGUAAAUAUAAAUUACAAAACAGUUUAAAUUGCAUUAAAUUUUACAUUAGGUAUUUAAAGUUUAAAAGAUAGAAUAUAUAGUGUAAUUUAAUUUAUAUAUAUACGCAAUGAUUUAUCAUUGCUAACGAAAAACGAUUCUGAGCGAAAUUAGAUUAUAUAUGUUUUGAUAAACUUAAAUUGAAAAUUGUAAGUACUAAUUGACUACAAAAUACAAAUCACAUACAAAUUACGUGAUUAAUUGUUUCAAAUUGUUGAGUAUUUUUAGAGUCAAAAAAGUUAAUUCGGAAAAUUGUAUGUAAAAUGUGUUGUUUAUGAUUUUUAUUAAAUUUGAUGUUUUAUUACUGCGUUAAAAAUAAUUAAUUAUGGACCUUGUAUCAAAUUUUGGAGUAUUUUUGAGAAGCCUGAAUAAUAGUAAUUUAAACAGGUCAUUAUUGUUAUUAUGUAAAUUUGCCCGUUUUUCAAAUUAUUAAACUAUAAGGAAAAUAAAAAAAUUACUUCUUUAAUGUAUUUACUAGACAAAAUUUGUGACCAGAAACCACACUUAAAUUUGAUAGUCUGACCAAGAUUAUUUUUGGUAGAAAAGUUUUUAAGAAAUACUAAAAAACUACAUAUUAUGAUAAAACCAAUAAAUAUACAUUCCUUGCUACAUUCAGAAUCGAAAAUAUAAUAAAACAAAUUACGUCUAUUAGCGUUAGGUAUUUAAUGCAAUUUAUUUGUCGUAAUAUUUUUAUAUAUUUACUCAAAAUUACCAUUAAAUUUAUUUCUAAACUUGACACAUUUCAUAAGAUAUUGAUUUAUGCCACUCAUAUUUUUCUUAUCCUUCUUCGCCUUCAUCUCAGACUUUUAUUUGCCAUUCAUAUUAAAUGUAUUAUUUUAUUUGAAUAAUUAAAGGCCCAGAAGGGCAUUUUUUUUUACAACUAUAGCUAUGUAUGUAGUACUAAAAUUUUGUAUUAUCCAAUUAUUUUGUUAAAAACUUUAGCAGCGGUAUGAGGAAAAUAAUUAAACGAUUUACGGUAAUUUAUUUAUUGUAUAUAAUAUAUAUAUAUAUAUUUUUUAAAAUGUAAUUUAUAACAAAUUGUACUCUAUAGAGAAGUCGUUUUUGAAAGUUCCCAGUUUUACUUUGAGAUUGAUUAAAAAAUAUCUGGAAGAAACAUUUUUAUUUUGCCUAUAUAUAUUAAAUUAGCACUUAAAUUUAUGUUUAUUACUAUUCAAACAUAUUAUGUUUAUAAUACGAUAACAUGGGCGUUCUCAAGGGGAGAUCUCCAUAUAAUAGUAUAAAAGUUGAUGGCGUAGGUGAAAUAGACAAAAGUAAAUUGCCUGAGCCGCCUGAUGAAAAACACUGAAGUGGCAGAUAGAGAAGUCCCAAUUGAUCCCGAUGAAAUUCUCGAUGUACCUAAAAAUCAAGAAAUAUUGAUAUAAUUUUGUAAAUUCAAUAUUUUAAUCAAAAAUAUAAUAAUCUUGUAAUUUAAUAAAUGUUGUUUUUGUAUAAGAAAGGAGGGUUUGUGGGCCUCAUGGCUCACUUUUUAAUAUAUUUUCAUAUCCCCCCCACCAAUAAAAAAUACUGAGAACGCCUCUCUAUGAUAAAUAUGAUAAUUCAUACGUACAUGCAUAUGCGGUCGUAUUAAAAAUAAUAAUUUAUCGUUUUCCUGCAUGUUCAUGCGCCGAGGGCAUUGACUGAACUACAGACGAUUAAUGAUUCAAAAUUUUUUUUUUAUUUAUGUAAAAUUUAAAUCAUUAUAAUUAUCCUUCAAUCAAAUAAAAUACUAUCGUCUUAUAGACGUAUGAUUAUUAAAAUGAAAUGGAUAUUUGCGAUAGGUAAUCAUGAAAUGGCAUCCUACCGUCAUUGUCGUGUGAUAUAAAUAGCGAAUAAUUUUUUUAUAAUAAUACACUUGCUUCGAGUGUUAGUAGAAUGUUUCAAUAAAUUGUUUAAAAUUAACUUAUUUUUAUUAAAAAAAAAAAAAAAGGAAUGAAAAAAUAGUAAAACAUUGAAUUAUGUUCAAUAAUAAUAAAACUGAAUAGAAUAUUGUAUGUUCAAUUAAAAAUAAUUAUUAUAAUAUUAUAGCGAACAUUAUUUAGUUAUUAUAUUCGUAUAAAUUAUGGAUUUUUUUUUCUUAUAUAGUUAUAGGUGUUUCUGUCUCUAUUGGUACUGCCUUCUGUUACUCUUCCUGAUUAUUAUAUUCUGUUAUUUAUUUCUCCGUUUUGUCACUUUUUUUUUUUAAGUAUCAUCUCUUUAAGAUUGUAUUAUAUGUCUGAGAGUAUAGCCUAACCAUUGCAAUUAUGUGUUUAUUAGACUGUAUUGUGUGACGUCUAUGAAUGUUAUGUAGUGCUUAUUAAUAUGUACUAAAUUUGAUAGAUUCGCCAAAAAUGUAUAUUGAAAUAUAUCGUGUUUAACAGUGUGUGAAUGAUGAUGCGAAACAUAUUAGAUCGAAAACUCAACGUGACAUUUGACAUAAAUAAUAAAUAAUCAAACGCUUCCAUAAAAGGUAUCUACUAUAUACCGUAUUAUAAUGCCGCAUAUGGCGUAGAAUGUAUUUUGUGUGUGGUCGGAUAAACUUACCUACUGUAAUAACAAAUAAUGUGUCACCAUUUCUCGGUUGGCGGACGUAGGUAUCUACAAUAUAGGUAGGUAGGUACUUAUACUGGUUAUUUAAUAUUUAUCAGGUUUUCUUUUGCUGUGUUUAUCAUUGCCAAAUAUUUUAUAUUUCUACAUAUAAUAUUAUAUCAUUAUGCCAUGUAAUUCUAUGAAUCUGCGGAUUGUUUUUAGAUUUCCAGUGGCGGAACGAGGAAUGUAUUGAUUUUAUAUUUUACAAUCUGUGCCUAUUUAUUGUUUAUUAUUAUUAGUAUAAUUUUGUCUGUCUGAACAAUUUUUCUACCAGAAAUCUUGCUCUAAUAAAAAAAAAAUAUGACGAGAGAUUUUUUUGUAGCAUUUUCGAUCCAGUUGGAGGAUUGAGGUCUUUUUUUACCGUAUUUCAAUCGUGCAUAUUGUGUUGAAUAUGACAAAUUCCGAGUUUUGUUCUAUGUCUUACUCGGUGCGUGUCUCGAACUAUGUUCGUGCAUAUAGGGAGGGCCAGGGUUACACAUUUAAUUUGUGUAUGGGUCGUAAGCUAUUCGGAUGUUAAAAAUGUUAUUUUAUGUAUGAAAUUUCAAAUGUUUGAAAAGUACUAAAAACUAUUUUGUUUUUAUUUUGACUGGUCCUAAAUAAUUAGUAAAUGAGACGAAGGAGAAGUAGAAGAUUGGCUGAUGGUUAGGUGGUUAGAACUCGAUUCGGACAAAGAUAUCUGUAAAAGAUCCUGGUUACAAUUUGAAAGGAAUUUUUUCCGUGGGGCAUAACUAGUACCUAUGCAGCAUAUUAUAUUAUGUAUAAACAUAUAGAAGCAUAAAUAUUUUACUUCUACAAAUGCUAUGGAAUGUUUUAAUUGGACUGCACCUGUAGACCGCAGGGCGUAUCGUCGAUUAUACGAUUUGCGCAUGUUGUUGGGGGUAGUGGGAGCUAUAGUCGGCUUUCGUCUCUACUCAAUAAUACAUUAAGUUUUAUUGUCUGAUUUGUAUUCGAUUCGUAAACGGAAGACACCAAAGAAGUGGGCGUCGUUUAUGCAAUAAACCUUGUCAGUAGAUCAUAAAUUAUAUGUUUUUAGAUAUAUAUAUAUAUAUAUAUAUAUAUAUAUAUAUAUAUAUUAUAUAUAUCUACGAUAAGAAUAUAUGAAUCAGAUGGAAAACUGGUCCUCGGAAAUUAAACGUUUACCGUGCGGUUUGCCUGUAUGUUUAUAAUCUUAUACCGGUCAGGUAACCUUGGACUUGAACGAUUUUCAACUCAUUUCCCUUGAACUCGACGUCGCGAACCCAGUAUAAUGGGUACAUUAAGUCUGUGAAUUCAGCUUGUGCCCUUGACCUAGGUCCUAGUCUUUAUGCACAUGAUUCUGUGUCGAUGUACAGGAAUGUUUCGGUCUUAUAAUUGUAUGAUCUACGUACUUAUAAUUAUAUUAUUAUCAUUAAACAGGAUGAAGCAGUGAAUUGGUCAAUUUUAUAAUAAUUAUAUAAAAAAACGACGAGUAAUUUGUUUACACAUUUUAUUUAUACCUUACAACCUUAAAGUAUACAUUAUAAAAAAAGUUAAUGAAAAGGGUUUUUCAUGAUGUAAUUUUCAUAAAUAAUAUUUACAAAAUAUAAUGCCCAUUUCAGUCAAAGCGCCAUACGUCGAUAUGUAUCUGAAAAGCGAAUAUGUAUUUCUCGUAAAAUUUACUAAAAAAUGUGUGCCCCUUUUUUAAGAUUUUUUUUGUUGAAGCCCACCCCUGUAGUGUCUUUGGUGUCCUUUGUUACACACUAUCUAAACGUUACAUACGAAAAAAUCACAAGUUAAUGAUAAGGUACUAUCGCUAUUUAACGAGAAAUUAACGGUUUGAAAACAAAUCUUCAUGAGAAUAUUCACGGUCAUUCUGGUGAUAUGAUUCAGGUUAUUAGCAAGUUUUUUUUAGAGAAAAAAAAUGUAUGAAAUGACUCGCAAUGUUUUUUUUUUUAAAUAAAAAUUGAAUAAUGAAAAACAAUUUACUUCAAUCUCUUUGUGUACUUUAAAAGGCCAUAUUAUGUAUUAAUACAUUAGUGAAAAAAAAAUUUCAUUGGGUUUGUUGAGUUUCGUUUCCCUACACUCAUUGUAAUAUUAUAUAUCUAUAUUCGUUGUUUGAUUUUUGGGGAAAAUUCGAUGUAUUGCAUUGAUUUAUCAAUUAUUCAAUAAUAUUUAUUGUUUUCGUUCAUUUUUCUACGGAAUAUUACGCAUUAUUAUAUAUAUAUACACGUGUGUGGGUAAAAAUAAACUAAAUAAUUCGUUAUGCCGUUACUUUAUCUGUUUUUCGAAGAUUACCGUAGGAAAUGGACAUUUUGCAGUUAAGAAGGAUUUCCUAUAAAAUAUUAAAAUAUGUAUAAUAUACUGAUCGUAUUUAUGUUUAUUCUGAGUGCAUUACGUUUCAUCUUUUAAAACCGUAUAGGUAAGUACUUUUUAUUUAUAAUCUUUUUAAAGUAUUUUAUACUUCAACCGUUCAAAUAUUUACCAACAAUUUUAUUAAAGUUAUUCGGCCGUAUAAGUGUUUGGUUCUUGAAUACCCACUUAAUUUAUGCGAUUUAAAAUACGUUUUAUUUAAAUAACUGCCAGACAUUAAUAUUACGAUAUUUUACAAAUUUCGUCUUUUAUUUAUAAUAGGUUUCAUUAUACAAUUGUACAAAACUAUUCUUCUUCUAAUAGUAGGUAUGUAUUUUAAAAACGUUUCAAACUAAAAUUUUACCAUUACCUAUUCAUUAAUAUUGAAAUUCAAUAAUAUGGCGAUUUUAUCGUGUAUCUACUAUUUAUAAAAUAUAAUUAGAUAAAACACUUCAAACUAAAUUAGUAUAUCGAAUAAAAAAAUCUAAAUUUUAUUGUACUAAUUUAAUUUAUUUGUUUUACGAUAAAAUUAAUAAUAUUUUAUUGACUUUUCGUUUUAUGCAUGCAAUAUUUCGUCCAUGGGCGUCAAUUUACUGUGACGGUCCUAAAAUCAACUAAUGAUUCCAAGUAGUGAACAAAUUAAAAAAAAUAAACUAUUUUAUUUUAUUAUGAAAAAUUUCAUUUACCUUACCUAUUUAAUAAAUACAAAUAACGGACUAUUCAAAAUACUUUGUUGUACAUCAUAUUUAUGUUUUUUCUUUCUUUUAUUAAACAUAACUGUCAGCGGCAUCUAUAACCAUUGGAUGUGACAUUAUAACAUAUAAGUAUAAUUAAAUGACAGAGAUAUUAAGAAGUACUAAAUAGAUAGACAUUUAAAGGUGCUAGACAAAAGGUUUAAAUAUAGGUGUUAUGAAAUAUAAUAUACAAUUUUUAAUUUAUUUAAUAGGUUGGUUUCUGAAAGGAAGUGUAUUAGUUUGAAGACGUUGAUGGAUUCGGGGUUGAGUGCUUCGGCAAGAUGAUUGGAGAUCUGGAGUCCUCUUUCCCUGUCGUAGAUUCUGCAUUCAGUUAAAACAUGUUUAACUGUGGGGUAGACCCCACAACAUGUACAAAUAAGGGGGGUUUUCAUUUUUAAUUAAAUGAGAGUGGGUGAGUUGAAUGUGGCCUAUUCUGAGACGGUUGAUGAAAGUCUUGUAUUUUCUUGAAGUGUUGACGGGGAAUAGAAGCGACUGAACAGAGUUCUUUAUUUCAUUUAGUUUGGUGGACAUUUUAUUCCAUCCCAUUUGACAUUGAAGAAUAUUUAUAUAUUUACAUAUUUAUGUUGUUUUCGUUGAUAUUGAUAAAUCUGUAUAUAAUUUUCUAACAAUUUAAAAAACCCAUUUAUAAGAAGAAAAAGAAGAGUAUUAUUUAUUAUAAAUUGCUCGAUUCGUUGAUGAAUUUACAACAGUACGUUUUUAUUUCGUAAGGUGAUCGACCUUUGUGAUAAAAAUGUAGGAUAUUUAUAGUGGUAUAAAAUAAAAUAAUUAUUAUAAUAUUAUAGCCAAUAGGAAUAUUAUAGGAUCAUAUUAUGAAGAAUUAUUGAACGUAAACCUAUAAAUUAUAACCGUUUAACCGAAAAAUUGAAUGCCAAAUAAUUUACUGUGAAAAUGCAAUUAAAAAAAAAUGCAUUUAAAAGUUUCAAGUGAUAAAUUCGCCAAGUAGUUAAUCGUUUAGAUAUUUCACAAGAAACGCUAAAACUAUAACUGGAAACAAAUUAAAAUGUUUAUAUACAUAUAAUAAUAAUAAUAUAAUACGUAUAUUUUCGUUUUGUUCUAUUUAUAUUUGUACGAUAAAUGCAUACUGCAAUGUACUAAUUUUAAAGACAAUGCAUUAUAUUAUUAUUAUUAUUAGGUAGUGUUUAGGAUUUGGUCAAGGAGAGAGGUAUUAAAUUAGAAAAUUGUGUCAUGUUGUGUAAUAUCUAAAGACUAUAGACAAUAUUAAUUUAUUUUAAUUGAUUUAUUAUUAUUUUUUUUUUUUAAAUUAAAAUUGAAAUCAAUUUGGUAACCAUAUUAAUAUCAAUAUUAUUAGUUUAUUUAAGGAUCAAGUUAAAUUCCUCCAUUAUAGUGGUUGAGGGUUCCGACGAGGGUCUUGAUUCAUUUUUAAAUACGAAAAUGUAAUAGUACUUUCAGAUUUAUUCUUAAUAUAGUAUAAUAUUGAUUGAGUAACAAUUAACUGUUGAGUUUUUUUGACUAAAAGAAAAGAAAUUCGAAUAUUUAAAAAUAAGAAGUUGUAUUAAAUAAUAAUGACAAAAAAUAAAAUAUCAUGUCAGGAGUAUCCCGUAUCUUUCCCCCUCCUAUAUACGCCACUGUAAUUAGCUAGGUAUAUGCACGAUAGAAAACAUACCCUUUUUUCAUAUAUAUAUACAUAUUUAUUGAGUCAAGGUCCGCCGACUUUUUUAAUAUACCGCAGGAUAAAGGAAAAAUUCUAAGUCAUCAUUUCUAUUUUUUUAAUAAUAUUGUGAUAUUGUUUAUAGAAGUAUAAAUAAUACAUUUUUUUACGCUUUGGCGUAGAGGAGUGUCAAUCGAUAUGAGUAUAGAUUUUCAAUGGUAUUAUAUUUUUUAUGCAGACGUUACUAUACAUAUGGUUCGCAUUAAAUUAAAAUUUAACUUUGUAUAUUAUUAUUGUUAUUAUUUCUAAUAUAUACAAAAAUUACCUUUAUUUUUUUUAUUUUUAUACAUUAAAAAAAAGGUAAGCGUGUAAUACUUACGUGUUAGUAUAUUUAUAAAUUUGUCAAUCAAGUUGCAGUUUGGCAGCUGCUACAUUAACACUAGUACAAAAAAAAAAAAAACGCAUGAUUAAAAUAACGCAUUGCUGCUGCAGUUCUUAUAAUAUCGUAAUUUUUUUAACCGCCGAAAGGAAAAUGUUUUGUUGGAGGCUAUUCAAAACCCUAAUAAUAACAAUAAACGGAUACAGACGAUGCAGUAAUUGAUCAUUAUACAUGACUUUAGUAUAGCUUAUAGGUUCAGAUAACUAUUAUAAUUUAUUUUGCGUACAUGGUACACAGAUAGUCUUAAAAAAAAACCAUGUAGGUAUUAGGUAUACCUAUCUAUAUAAAUAUAAAUGAAUCGCUCAAAACGUUGGUAUGUUCAAAACUUGAGAAUGGCUGAACCGAUUUAGCUGUUUUUUUAUAUAUAUAUAUUCUUUUAACCCUAAGAAAAGUUUUUAUGAAAAGAAAAAUUAGAUGAAUAAUAGCUCAGGAAAUUAAAAAAAAAAUUAUUUUUACUUUUUUUUAAGCAUAGAUUGUAAACAAGAAACCACGGAAACAAAACUGUUUCUUGUUAUUGAAAAAAAAAAAAAUGUUUUGUCAAAAGCAUAAUUUUUCAGGUUAGGUUUGAGUAUUUCAGAUUUAGUUAGAUUAUUUUUAAUAGCUUAACUUUAAGGAAAGUUUUUAUGAAUCGUUUAGGUUUUUUUUUUUUUAAAAAAAAGGUAUAAAAAGAAAUUGAAUUUCAAUAAAAGUUCAAUGAAAUUAAAUUUUUUUUUUUUAAGAAAAAUCUGAUGAAAUAAAAUUGGUCCAACAUUCGAGUGUUUAGCUUAAGAAACAAAAAGUAAAAUAAAUAACUAUAUAGCCGGAAAAUAAGAACAAUAUUAAAUAAAUAUUAUUAAAAAGAAGCUGUCCUAGGAUAAGAAGAACUGGUUGAAGGUGGGAAGUUGGGAAGGUAGGAUACAGAAGAAAAUUUAAACAACGAUACACCAUAAAACAAUUUUGAGAGUUCAGUUAAUAAUGAUGCAUUGUCAACAAAUAAAUAAUUAUAUAUUGCAUUUUACUAGGUACAUUAGUUUUUUUUGUUUAACACUUUUAUUUAGAGUAUUUUAUUGGAUUGUAUAUUUAAUUUUAGGAUUUUAAGUCCUUUGAAGCUAUUGAAAUUUUUGGGAUUUAAAAUUAUAUUUUUAAGGUUAUAUUUAAUGUAUUAUACUUCUAUAUAUAUAGUUACCGAUUUACAUUUAGUAACCGCAGUGCGUAUUUUAAUAGUAUUAAUCAUAUAUUUUGUCCAUAAUUAUCGAUGUUACCCAUAAAUUGCAUUUGUAUGGUUUGAAGUUCAGUAUUUAAAAAUAGUGAAAAUAUAGUUUCGUAAAUUAGAGUUUCUUAUAAAAGUUAAAAUAGGUGUAUCAAAAUAAAAAUCAUCGAAUAAUUGUCAUUUAAAUUGAUAUGUAUAUUAUAUGAAGAAAUAGCUUUGAAAUUUUCAUUUAUACCGUAUAGUAGGCAAUGAUUUUUUUUUUCAACUGAGCAAAUGAUAAAAACUUGAGUAAUUUGGUAUAAUUUUACAAUAUUUUGUGCAAUUUUUUUCUUUAAAAAGACGCUUUUUACGAAAAAAUCAUAGUUUGGUCACAAUAAAACACUUUUAUUUUUUUAUUUUAAGCUUUCAUUGGCUACUUAGUACUUAUUUUAAUUAUUUUUUACGAGUAUAAUAUUUACUGUUUACAAGUUCAACUAAAAUAUCGUGUAACUAAAGUAAACCCAUUAUCCAGCUUAUUUAAUGGCACGUUAUUGAUUUGUAAACUUAGUAGCGCAGGAUUGUAAUACUGAACCUAGUAGAGUGUUUGAUCAAUAAACUACCUACAUAAAAUUUACGGGCUUUGGUCUGUUAUUUUAUUAUUAUACACCAAUUUCGGAACAUUUAUUGAAUACACGAUUACCAACUAGAAUGAAUAGUUUAAUUUUGUAUACGUGUAUUAAUUAUAUAUUUUUAGAAAAUAAAAUAUUCGUGUCAAAAUCCUGAAUAUUUUAAAAUUCCUAAAAUAUCAAAAUCCCAAUAAAUAUCACUGAAUUAAUGUCGUGCGUUAGAAUGCACGUUCCUAUUGGGUUUUGAUCAUGACUGUCGGGAUUUCAACCAUAUUGAGAUUUUGUCCUAGAACCAUGAUCUAUCCUAUUACGUUUAUAAUGAACUAUGAUAGUUAAGCCAAGUACUAAAAAUUGUUAUUAAAAUGUAUAAUAUACAAUUUAAAAUUAUGAAUACAUAUAUUUUUUUAGUAAACGAGUAUUUUGUUGAAUAUGUAUCUUAUAAAUAUAUAGUAUAUAAAGGUACAUUAUAUACGUAUACAAAGUGUAUAUAUUUUUAAAAUACCAAUAUUGUAACUGAAGGAUUUUCGGAAAACGAUUUAUACAUUUGUCUAGAGUUUAGAAAAUUAAAUAAAUCGUAAAUUUUUUUUAGAUUCAGAACGUAGCGAGAAAUGUAUUAGUUUUACAAUGAUAUUUUAUUUUUCUUAUCCGUGAUCAACUUUUAUACGAUAAAUCUUGCUCUGAUUUUCAAGUAUAGUUCUUACCUUUUCUGAUAGGAAAUUUUAUCUAGGUGGCCAUUUUUUGAUUUUACAAGUGAUUUUCAUAACAAUUGAGGAAAACCGAGAAAAACGUAGGAAAAAUGAGAUGGUUUACGUACAUGUAUAAAAGAAACUUCACUCUGAAUCGUUUUUCGUUAGCAAUGUUUUAUCAUUGCAUACAGAUAUAAAUUAAAUUAUUCUACCUUGCCAACUUUACACCUACAACAGUGGCCUACUCAUCGUGCGAAGGAUGUCCGUCUUUUUUUAUGAUGAUUUUCAGUGGAGUAUAAAAAAAUUAUUUUUCUUUUGGAAUGAAUAAGGAAGGGAGUGAAUGCAUCUACUCAAUUUAGACUACUAAUUCCACUUCAAUAAUGCCAAGUCCAUAAUAUUAUAGUAGUUUUGUAUGUGGUUUUGGAAUGGUAUUGUGAAUGUAUGUUUAGCUCUCUAAAAGAAAUACUUAAAUUGAGAGUCCACACACGGUUAUUCCACAGAAUAUAUUUUGUAAUUUUUUGUGAAGUUUCUGGAGGGCCCCAUUGUUAAUAUACCACUGAUGAUAAGUAAGGGGAGGGUUAUAUUAGUUUUUGAAUCUACGGAUUAUCAGAUUAUGUUGGAUGUCAGAUUAUUUCGUAGUAAUCUGAUAUUAUAUUUUAUUAUGUAUUAAUUAAUUAUAUUUUAUUACUUUCGUACUAAAGUAAUUCUCAUUUUUGUUUAUCUUUUAUAAUUUUAUGAUAAAAGUAUUAUUAUUGAUUAACAAUAACAAUAAUAAUAAUUUUAUCUUGUGACUUUAUUAUUACUAUAGUGUUUAUUUUAGGAGUAUUAUUUCUUAAUAUUGUUAGUUUAAUUAAAAAUAUAUUGAUUUUACUAUUUGUGUGCUUAUUUGAAUUUUGUUCGUGUCUGUUACCGAAUUUCCACAAAUCUAGUCAAAAAAGAUAGUAAAGUUUUUUAUAAAACUUUAGAUUAAGUUUUCAUUGGUUAAUUGAGGACGUCAUUUUUUGAUAUUUCAAGUAGUAAUAUAAUGUCAUAACUAAUGAAGUAGUUAUUAAAUAAUUAAGAAAUUUCAUUAUAAUUUGGAAAUGUCAAAAAAAAUAUACAGAAUAAAUGGACAAAUUUAUGACGUACCUAACGAUUUCAUUAUUUUAAAUUUGUAUGAUUUUAUGUUUUGUCAUAAAUCUAAGUCCAGUUUUCAAAAGUAGCAUAUUUUCUGAAAGAAAAUGCUGUUGUUGGUUUUAUAAUAAUUUCGAUAACGUGAUUUUCGUGUAGUUUUCUUAAUAAUUAGAGAAAAUGUAGGAAAAAAGGGAAAGUUUAUGAUAUUAAUGGUUUUGUUACUUUCAAUUUUGUUUUUUGUUAUUAUUAGGUUUAAAAUAAUUUGAUUUAAUUUUAAUUAUGAUUUAAUUGACAUUUUCAUAGAAUAUUUAUAUUAAUAUUAAUCUUCUCUAGACAUGGUACGAUUUUAAAAACUUUAUAGUUAUUUGUGUUUUAUAACUGUUUGAAAUUUUCGAGUUUUUAGUUUUUAUCUAGUUUUAUGUUGAUAAAAUUAUUUUGGCCGUGCAAAAACGUUUAAAAAUCUUAUUUGAGGUUCAUCAUAAGAUGUUUUUAUGGUAAAAAAGUGGAGCGUAAUGUAAUAAUAUUUUUGUAUAAGCUCAAGUUUAAAUUUUGACGUUCAUCAUAAAAAUCACCGCAUUUCGCUCAGAAUUGUUUUUCAAUGACACAAUGACACUUACCAGAAGUAUCAAAUCUAUUUUCAUUUAUAUAUGUUUAUUAUAAUACUGACAAAACAUGAAUUCUUUUUUUAAUAAGAAAAUGUUAUUACAGGUUAUUUUAUGACGUUAUUAUAUUAUAAAAUAUUGUUUUAAUUUUGUUAAAACUUGAUUUUACCACAUUUUAUUAUGAUGAAAAAAAAAAUGUGGUUUUAAGCAAAUUAUAGAUGUUAAAACCUUAAACCAUUAAAAUUAUUAAGUAAUUGUUUUUACAGUGAAACAGAAAUAUAAUAGGUAUACUAUUACCUAUAUUGUUGUGGUUCAUUAAAAAAAAUUGGUUUUUUUUUUCAUUUAAAAUUAAAAACAACUGAAAAAUAUUUAUAAUGAUUUUUUUCCUUGAUUGUGUAAUUUUAUCACUGUUAUCGCUAUAAUAUUAUUCUACGCCAUUUUCUUAUUGUAAUCUUAUUUUUCGACCGCUUAGUUAAAUCGUAUUCCCAGCUACUCUGCAUUUGUUUACCAAAAUGUCAAUUAUUAAAAAAACCGUUGUCACUGCAUCAGUCGAAUAUGACGACGUGUCAUAUUUACAAUGUAGCUAUUCUCUAACUACGUGUACGGUAGUCGGUGUUUUGAAUAGUUUUAUGACAACAGUGCUGCAGAUAAACAAUCAAUCGCCUGCGGUAGGGAGCACACACCCUGGAGUGCGCUCCCUGUCGAUUUAACAUUCGUGUAGUUUAUUUUACUCGGACGUGGCAAUCAUGUGGCUAUAGUAUAGUAGACUAUUAUUAUGGUGACAUUUCUUCAAAUCGUCGAUUCACAUAAUUUGUUUUGUAUUAUUUGGUUUUUAUACUAUUAGCGAAGUGAAAAAUGUACUGGUUUGAUUACGAUGGUCUUUUUUUCUAUCUGUAUCCAACUUUUAUACCGAAGAUCCGAUCAUCAAAAUCACAAGUGAUUUCUGAUAGCGAAAUUUGUCUAGCUUGUGCAUUAAGGAGGAGGUAUUUUUUUUUAUUUUCCUUGUAUUUUUCAUAAUAGUCAGAAAAAACUAAAAAAAAAACGUAGGAAAAAGGGAUAUUAGGAGCAAUGCGGUUUUAUAGUUUUCAUUUUGUUUUUUGUUGUUAUUUGGUUAAAAAUAAUCUUAAAGACCUGAAAUACUUAUAGUAUCUCAAACUAGACGUGGUACAAUUUUUGAAACACUUUGGUGUUUUGAAUUAAUUAUACAUAAUUGAAAUGUAAUAAACCAAAUAUUAAAUGCGUUGCGGAGGUUAAACGCCUUGAAUGGACGGGUCAUGUGUGGUGUGCUGAGGGAAACAUACUUCGGAAUUUUCUGGUUAAUAAACCAACAGACAAACGCCCCAAAAAAAGAUUUAUGCAACGUUGAUAGGAUAGAGAGAAUGAGGACAUAUGAAUGGUUGACAGAAGAGCAAAAUUCAAGAAUGUAAUCCGGGAAAAUUUUGAUGAAAGAUACGAGAAGUCGUAACGGCGAUUAAAGCAAAAAAAAAAAAAAAUAAUAAUAACAAUUGAAAUUGUUGAGUUGUUCGUUUUUAUUUGGCUUUUCAAAAAUGAUUAGAAGUAUGGUACAAAGUUCAUUAAACAUUGUGUUUAUUGGCAAAAUAAAUUAAGCGGAAAUAGUAGUUUUUUAUGAGCUACCUACACUGUCCCUCGGGUAAAUUUGUAGCCAUUUUGAAUGCGGUAAAUGGUUUUGUUUUAUCGUUUGUCCCGAAUAAACGAAUCAGCAUUAAGAUAAUAAUUAUUUGACGGCCAUAAUAUUAUAUCAUGAAAAUAAAAGCGUUUUAUCAAAAUCGGGAAAAGCAGAGAGUUCACAAAAACUAUGGAGUUCGUUUCGCUGUUUAUGUCACAACCCUCUUUAACCUUAUUUACUGUAUAAAUUAGCAUUAUUAUAUAAAAACUAACAUCAAAUAAAGUAAAACCAUGUAACGUACUAACAAAGAAAAUAAUAUAGUGUGAUUAGGUUUAAAAAUAAUGUAUUCUCAUUCUCGAGUAUUCAAUGGGAAACGCAUUAUUAAAUAAAUAAUUCUAUACAAAAUUUGUUAGCGAAAUAUAAUAGCGUAUGUAAUCUUAAAUAUAUUCCGACAUUUCCAGAUUACUUCAGUCAUAAAUUACAAAAUGUUAUGAUGGAUGCUUGGUCCUUGUUUGACCAUCACUUUUUUUUAAGGAUAAUUUAUUAUUCUUGUGGUUAAAACAAUAUUAUGUAAGCGUAAUUAUUCUUAAAUUUUUGAAUUUAUAAUUUUCAUAAUACUACAUUCUCAUUUAAAUCAAUUGCCAUUAUAAUUGAUAAUUAUAAAGCCCAAUAUUUCAUCAGCUAUUUUUAACUUAUUAUACCUAUAAUGAAGACGUACCUAUAUAAUCAGUUCAUAUAAAUCGUAUGGUAAAAGCGAAAAUGAUUAAUGAAAUAAUAUACCUAGUUUAAGAUUGUAGCAGACAUGAAAAAAGUAAAUUUAGAUUAUAUAGUUUACAGAAAAUUAUACCUUAUUUAGAAUUCAAAUUUUUAUAUAAACUUGCCUAAACAUUUAUGCUCUCGAUGUUUUUCACAAUUUUUAGAAUGAAAAGAAAAACUAUAUCGGGUAGGUUUUCUUUUAAGUGCCGUAGUUGGUAAAAUAAAAGUCGUAAAAUUAAUUUAUGUUGCUGGAUAUGAAAUUGUAUGCGUAAAACUAUAAUAAUUAUGUCGCUCCGCUCGGAAUAUAAAAAUAAUAAUAAUUGUUGAAUCGAACAAUCGAGAGGCGAGAGGAGAGAAUCCGGAAAUGUCGGACACGGAGUCAACAUAAUAUUAUAUUGUGUUGGCUGCAUAUAUUCGCAGGUGACCGCAUAAUGUGACCGACAUUGCCUCACCUAAAUAUAAUAUUUUCUUUUUAUUGCAUUUUGGUUUUGCUAGUCAUUGUAUAGAAGAAAAACAUGUCGGUAACUGAAGUACCUACUACCUAAUCAUUAACUUUCGGAUCACAUUAAUUACAUCUGUAACCACAUAAUGUUAUGGUCACGAUAAUACAUACUCUUAGUAUAUCAUAUUAUUCUUUGCUAUAUAUUAUAAGUAUAUCAACGGCAUACAACACUUUUAUUGAAAUCAAUAAUUUUUGAUUUGCUACAAUUUUACAAUAUUAUACUAUACAUAUUAUGCGUGUUUUCAGUAUAUAUUUAUGGUGUACUUACGUUUCUUGUUGUAGGCUGAAAACAUUAAUCCCACCAAUGACGUACCACUCCGAGACACUGACGAUCUGGACGAAGAAAUGGAUCGUGUGUUCGCAGGAGUUUCGAGCGGAGCCGAUCCGAAUCGAUUCAAUUUAUCCAGGUUAGCUGGCGACCGAUCACCCAGACCGGGUGAUAGGCGAUUCAGCGAAGACGAUUACACCGGUAAGUCUACAUCACAAGUAUCUUCAUAUUAAAUCGGGACUUAAGUCAGAAUAUACUUAAGCGUUAAACAUAUUCGGUAAAAAUAAAAUACUGCAAUAUUAGAACAACGUGUAAGAUCGAACCGAGCUUUAAUCGAAAUCGAAAUGUACGAGAAUUUUCGUAUAAUGCCAUAAGUUUUACAUACUUAUUAAGGUGACUGCAUUUGUCUACUGGCUGUUAUGCCACUUGUCUGGCUUUGGGAAAUCUGUUGUUUUUUGUAUUUAUCUGGGUCAAUUUUUUAACUGUUCUAUUGGGUGUCUAUAUUUGGUUCUCAUCGAUCAUUAAAUUUGUAACCAAAAAAAGUUUUUAAAGUUUGUAGUAUCGCUUAUUAUCGUUUAAGGGUACAAGAAAAUGUCUUAUUGUACUUAUUAGUUGCCUUAACCGUUCAACAAUGAUAAUUAUUCGUAUUAUGAACAAUCGCAGCCUAUGAUACCUAUCGUCAAUUGAUGCAGAUAGAAGAUCUUACACAAUGUGUUCAGUAUAAAAUUAAAGGAAAAAACUUUUUGAUAUAUUGAUGGUAUCGUUAUUAAAAAUGAAAAAAAAAAAUUACAAGGUCUAAUACUUUCCGAAUUCGGUCAAACUCAAUGAAGAACACUAUGAAUUUGCAAUAAAAUAAUAAUAAUAAUAUGACGACCGUCCUGGUUUAUUGAUCUUGAGUAUACAUUUACAAGGAUCAUAACGGUUUAGCAGUUGUAAUUAGAACUUAACCUCGUAAAUUUUAAACCAAUUUAAUAAGUUAUUUUUAUACAAAUCGUCACCAUUUAUUGUUCACAGUUCAUCGAAAUAACAGCCGAUCGCUUAUACAUAUACCACUCAAAUCCAUCCCAAAAUCAAUAAGAAAGCAAUCGACGACAUCGAUUAAAUCGAGAGACCAGGAGACGGUAAAUUUAAUAACAAUUGUUUUAAAUAUUAUUAUUUUUUAAACGAUUUUUUUGUUUGUUUAAUUUUGGCAAUGACUUUCCUGGCUAUUAUUUUAAUGAUGACUUAGGAGUUUAAAAAGACGGAUGACCAUAGGGAUGUAACGGAUUCUGAUAGUGCAAUGAGCCCACCAACGACAAGUCAACAAACAUCCAGGUAAAUAACGUUGUGAACAGUUUUCGCUUCUUAAAAUAACAAUAAUAAUAUAUGUAUCUUAUAUAUAUAUAUUCACAAUUUAUUUUGAAUGAUACCUAAAAUAAAUUUAAAUAUACGUAAUAGUCAUAGCGUACAUAUAAAAUUUCCCUGAAGAUAAUAUUUAAUAAUUUAUAUGGUAUAUGUAUAUAUUUAAAAAUCGUUCCAAAGAAAAUUAUUAACCCAUUAAUGCCGAAGUUUUUUUGGUGACAUGAUAUUAUAAUCGCAAUACAGGCAAUUUCCUCUUAAUAUAGAGUGUCCGAAAAAAGUUGUAUUUACGUUUUCAUAUGUCAACGGACAGCAUUAAUUGGUUAAUUUACCUGAAAAUAAAAAAAACAGGUGUAUAUGGGAAUUCGCAAUAUAUCUAAAAGCCGAAUUUUUAAACUUAAAUGGCUAGGUAUGUAGGGCUAAUAUUUGUAUUUUGUAUUUUUUUUUUCUUGAAUUCUAUGUUCCCUUGGUAACAAAAGAAAACUUAAUUUAAUAAGUUUAACCAGUUAAAUGAGCUUCACUAAAUUUUCUUUUUGUUUGCAACAAUAUUUAUGAUAUGUAUAGGUUCCCAAUUCCCCAGCUACAACAGUGGCCUACCCACGAUGCAAAGUAUGUCUCGUCCGGCUUUUUUUUUGUAAACAAUUCAAUUAUAUAAACAUUAUUUAUAAAAAUACCUUCGUUAUUUUACCCUACAAAUAAGGCCCCUGAAUCCUGAACAUAUGAUAAUAAAUACUCAAUAAUGUAACCGAAACAAUAUUAGCACUUAAUUGUUGACUGUAUAAAAUUUAAAACAGCUAGUAUACUAGCAUUUCAAUAAAUUAUUAUAAUUAUUAAUUCGAGUGUAAUUUAUUAUAUUUUCACUAAUAUUAAAUUUACCUACAAUCUACCUACUCAAAAUUAUAUUGUAUAAAGUUUGUAAUUAUGUUCACGUUUUACGUAGGUUAUUUUCUUUAUUAUAAUUUUUGGUUUAUUCAUUGUGUUGAAAAUAAUAACAACGUGUCGAAUUUCGACAACCGUGUGUCAUCGAGUCGAACGUACCUAUACAGUAUACAGUAUAUAGAGAGUCAAUGAUAAUUAUUAUUAACGAAAUUACAUUAUGUGUUUAUGCGUGAGUAAAAUUAAAAAAAUAAGUUUUUUUUUACACUGCCAGUUUGGCCUUUUGUUUGAUCUGUUAUAAUGAAUUAUUAUUAUGAGUUCCAAAAACAUAACUGACAAGUCGUAGUACAAUAUACCAAAUAGCAAAUAGGUACGCUAUAUUAUAUAGGUAUAUACAGACAAACACGUACACAGUUUUGUAGAGUUGAAUUAGUAUAGAAUAAUAAUGUUUUAAUUUAUUAAUAUAAUCUUAAACACUAAACGUACGUAAUAGCAUAUAAUACAAUUAAUUACAGUUUUGUAAAGUCGAAGUACAAAUUAUUAAAAUAUAUAUAAAUAUAAAUUGUAAUAAAUAAAUAUUUAAUGUUUCAAAAUGUUUAGAACAACAACUUGCAAAAUGUUAAGGAACAAAAACAUACAAAUUAACAUUUUUGAAUAAACUAUUACAGAUGUAUGUUCAUAAUGCUAAACUAUUUAUUCAGUAGAUCAGGUUGAACACAUUGAAAUAAGUAAAAAAUUUUAAAAAGAACUUAGAAGUACAUAGUAUGGAAAGAAGUUUUCAUGGGUCACUUUUAGAAUGAUUUUUCGGUUGUUAGAGAGGCUAAAAAAAACCGGAAAUCGGUCAAUAUUAUAAAAGUUUGCUUGUAGGAAAAGAAUAAUAUGUAACAUAACUUUAUUUGGUUUUUUUUUUUUAUGUAUUUGCAGUGGUGCUGAAUCCUAUGUUAAAAUCGGGCCUUGGCCUGACUUCUUUUAAAAAUUAAGCAUAGAGCCGUUUUAUUUUUGGUCAAAGUUUGGUUGCUAAACCGAAUGAAUACUUCAUUAUAGAAUUAAAAACCUACACUAACCAUAAUUUUGGACAUAAAAUGGGUUGUGUUUAGUUAUUGGCCUCUUGAAAUGUAUUUCACCAGACUACAAUUUUAGGACUUCCGCAUCACUGUAUAUAUGAACCAGUAUAGCCGGGCGGCAAUAAUAUAAUUUUAUUAUACUCGAUCAAAUAAACACAUUUUUUCAUAAUGGUGUACAAGAAGCAUAAAGAAUCAAGUAAAUAUGAUGGCUAUCAAAUUUUAACCGUGUCAAAUAAUAUUUGAAUUUCAGAAUGACAAAAUAAAAAAACGACUCACGGGAAUAUGACAUCAUCCGAGCCAAAUCGUAUGGUAAUUUUUAAAUUUUCUGGAGACAGAAAGAAUCGGUUGUUUUUACAGCCACGAUUUUAUUUUGUUUUCGCCAAUGUUUAUACUGGUGAAAUGCAAUGUAAGCAAAUUAUCGACUUCAAUAAACUACAGAAACUAAACAAUUCAAGUUCAUAUAGAUCCGUAUAAAUAAUAAUAAUAUUUCAGUUUAAUGAAACCGAGAGUUCCAAAUUAGUAUUUAACCAUUAUUAGUUUUAUUCAAAUAGACAGAUGACGGUUAGGUUAUGCUUUUAAACAAAUUGUUUGAUAAAUUUUUCAUAAAUACUACAGUAAGUUUAAUAACGUUUUAUUUUCGUUUGUAGACAAUUUUUAGACAGUUUUCAUGUUACAUAAUUAAAAAAUAUGAUUAGUUAUGAAUAUCUUAAUCUAUGAAUACAUUUUGCACAUUUUAAUCUCAUUUUUUCCCUUGAACAGCUGUCAUGCACCAAGCCAUUAUUUAAAAAGAUAUUAAUUUUUCAUUGUAAACUGAAUUGUUAAAUGAGUUGACAAUGAAAAAAGACAUUGGUCUACAUUUCAAUUCUUUCGAGGAGCUCUAAAUCGAAUAAAACUAUGAAUACACUUGUUAAAAUGUAUCAUUUAUGAUUCUAACAACGGAUGAGUAGCUAUCAAUAAGAAGAUUUUUUCUAUCUUAUUAAUCUUUUUAUAUAUUGGCUUGGCGCAAGAAGAUCCAAUUAAAAAAAAAAAAAAAAAACAAAUUAAUUAAUUGGAAAUGGGAAGUUGAAAACAAAUAUUUGUUUACAAAAAUUCCGAAAAAAUCUAACGUAAAAUCCAUAAUAAUUGUAAUUGUACAUUUUUUUUCUUAUAAAAUUAGCCUAUCUACCAAGCCUCAGAGUUUAUAAGAGUUUGUUUGAAGUAUUUUUACGUGCUUUAAGCUUUUAAAGAAAACUGUCAUGCUAGAACUUACCGAUCAUGAAUUUUAUAUAUAUAUAGUGUGUUCAACAUAACGUAAGACAUAUUAGGAAGUAUUAUCUUUGUUCGGAAUUUAUUGUUCACUUAAAGAAAUAAGUAGCUCUACAAUUUUAUAUAUCGGUUAUUUUUUGUAGUCCUUAUUUUUUGAGGUUAAACCAUUAUCUACUUUGAUAUUCAAAUAUCAAACUACUAAAAAUUUCAUAAAUAUAUGGAGUAUUAUUUUAAAUCAUAGUUAUUAAAUUAUACCCUACCGUGAAUACCACGAAGAAUAUUUAUAAAAAUCAACAUAAAUUCUUUUCAGUUUUUAUAAUUUAACUGAGUAUAAUACAAUAUAAGCAUACAUCCGAAAUAAUACAUUUUUUUAUAAGAUUUAAUUUGAAACUAACCAAAAUCACAAUAUCUAAAUUAUAAAUAACUUUUUAUAAGUUACAGUUCUCCUAGAAAGUGCAAAGUUUUGGAACCGCUGAUUUAAACAUUCAAACUAAUAUUAAAUCUAUUUAUGGAACUUUUAAUGUAGGUUGCUUUUUAAAAAUCAAAAGUCGAUAAUGGUUUCAACUUCUGAAAUAAGGAUAUCAAAAAAAAGUAAUAAGUAUUUGUAAAGCUAUAUAUUUUUAUAAAUUAUAUGUAAUUACUAUAGAAUUAUUUUUUUUCCGUUUUUUUUUUAAAUAUUAUAAUUAAUCUUUUGAGUAAGUAGAUUAUAAUUAUGUUUAUAUUUCAUAAAUACUUGGAUAAUUUUUUAUAGUUAAACAUUUUCUUUAGUUUUUAAGUUAUUAAACUUAAUGCAAGGUAUUUUGAAUAAAAAAUUCUAUAGAUUCAAAAUUUUGUUUACCAAAGCCGGCAAGUUUUAUUAAUGUUACACUGCUGACAAACUGUUACAAAUAGUACUACAAAAUUUACAUUUUUCUUCGAAAUUUUAUGUUAUUUCGGGUUGAGAACCUUGUAGGGAUAUAAUGUUGGUUAUUUUUGAAUAACCUUUACGUACUUGGCACUCAUAGAUUAUGAUCUGUGGGAUGAAUUCCAUAUUGAAACACGAAGUAUGCGGUGGUAUUCAAAGCGUUUGUUACGUAUGAAUUAAGAUUAUGUAAGGAAUGUCUACAUGCAUUUUUUCGUUGAAAACAAUUUAAUAUUAGUCAAAUUUAAUUUAAUAGUAGACUUAGUUAUUUUUUUACGUAGUUUUUUUUUUUUUUGUUGUUGUAUUUAUCAUAAAACUGUAUUUUACAUUUAAAAUUUUACUUAAACCUAGUAGGAAACCUUAGGAACAAUUUUUAUUGGUAUUUGUUGUUUGAAUUUUUAAAAUUUAAAAAUUCUUCUAAAAUGGGUAUUUGCAGUUGAAACUACAGCGAUUGAAAAUUUCGAUCUUAAACAAAUUUAAGAAAAACUGUAUGAGAAAAAAUAGGAAUAAUUGAGUGUUUUUUUUUUCAUUUUUUGAAUUGAUAAAUCAAAUUGAAGUAAAUAUUUAGAAUAUAUUAUAUUAAUUUACAUUUUCUUUAGUUUACAGUUAUACAAUUCUAAACGUUGAUCAUUGUUUAUUUUUGUUAAUAUUUAAGUCGUUUAUGAUUAUAUAUUAUUUUGGUUGAGUAAUGUUUGGUUCUCGUUUGUGUAUACAUUAAUUAACUAUAAUAAGCAAUUAAAGUUGAAUAGUCAUUAAUUAUUUAUGCAACUAGCUAGCUAUAGUUAAUUGGUACUAUCAACAGUAAAUGAUUGAUUAUGCUAUAAUUCUGCUAACGAUAAUUAUUGAGAUUUAGUAGAACUGUAAUAUAUUGCUACGAAUAAAUUAUAGCCACACCGUGACGGAAAAAUAUGAAAUCGAAAAGGGAGUAUUAUUAAGAAUUUUGUCGGAAACUAAUGUUUUUACUCUCUCGAAAGGAUGGAGUCACGGUCUGUAUUGAGGAAACUGAAGGUUGUGCACCUAAUAAUUGUAUAUGUAGCAAAAAAUUGAGGAAAGAAAGUGAUUGUAUUGGCAAGAAAUAUUUUAGGAAAAAUUGUUAAGCCAAAAUGACGAAGAACCUGGUAAAUGGAGAACUAAGAAAAAAAAAUAAAUGGGUAUUGUAGUUAUUUUUUAAAAUUGUUUAGUAAAACAAAACUUGUGUUCAGCUACAUGGACUACUAAGUCUUGAACUUGUUAUUAAGUAAUUAAGUUUUUUACCAGUACAACUCAAGGACGUCAGUUCAGGUUUUCAAUUGGGAUGCAAAUAUUUAAAUCAGUCCAAUUUUUCUGAAAAUUUGCCCUUCGUUUUACCCGCUUGUAUUCGUAUUCCUACUUCAGAAUCGUUCUUCGCUAGCAAUCAAUAGUUAAUCAGUGCAUAAAGAUAUACAUUAAAUUUUUCCUCAAACUAUCUAACUUCUCAUCUACAACAGAUGACCACUCAUCGUGUGAAGUAAAUCCGUUUGUUUAUUUAUUAUUAUUAUUAUUAUAUUUGUUUUUGUUUUUGUUUUUUUUUUGAGGACAACACGUAAAUUCACGAAGUUGUGAAAACUACUAAUAUAAUUACUGUGAUGUUUACUGUAGUGUGAUCUGUUUCCCGUGAUUUUUAUAGACCAUAUCAUAACAUAUUAUAAUAAUAUUAUGUCGACAUAGUAAAAAAAUAUGUAAAAAAAAAAAAUAAUAAUAAUUUUAAGAUAAGAUAAUAAAACUUACAUACUUCUUUUGACUAUAUAUAAUAUAGUAAUAUUAUUAUAUUAAUAUCAGAUAAACAUAAUUAAUUACAUAAUAUUAUAUAAUGAAAGAUUUUUCAUAGAUAGUAAAAUAUAUUAUAAAAAAAAAAAAAAACAUUUUUUUCUAAAUUGUAUAAUGGAAUAAAAAUAAUUGUGGAAAAUUCUGACAUCAGCAUAUUUUUGUAAAAAACUAAAUUAAAAAGAAAAAAAUAAACAACCGUUUGAGUUGACAACGAAAAAAAAGGCUAUAGCUGAUGGGUAUACUACUGUUUUAGCUGGGAAAGUAGGAUACAUUAAGUUAUUUAAUUUGUAUUUUUAUACAACGAUAAACCAUUGCUAAAGAAAAAUGAUUCUGAGUGAAAUAUUAUACAUGGUUUGUAGUGCCGUAAUUUUUACGAUUUUAAUCAAAAUUUGAUCUUAAAACACUUAUAUAAAACUUAUACUUUUAACUAUAUAUAUAUAUAUAUAUAUAUAUAGUUAAAAGUAUAAGUUUAAUAUAGUGGCCAAAAAAAUAAAUAAAAAUUGAACGUAAUAUAAAUAUAUAUAUUAAACUUAUAAUGAACUUCGCAUUACAUUUUUAAACAUAUUUAUUUAGCCAAACAAUAUUUUAUUCACAUUAAACCAAGUAAAAACUAAAAAACCCUUGAAAAUGUCAAAUGUUAAAAAUAAAUAAAUAAAUAAUUUAUUUAUCUAUUAGUAACUAUUUAAUAAUUUUGUUUUUACUUUAUUAUUAUAUUGUUUAUAAAUAGCUAAAAAUUGCCAGAGUGUUUUGAACUACUGAAUUAUACUAAGUAUAGAAAAAAUUAAUUUAAUUCUAUGAAAAUUUCAGAUCUGUUCGGUUAUUUUUAACAGAAUUACAACAAAAUAACAAAAAUAAUGAACGGUUAAUGUCGUAAAUUUUCUGGUUUUUCCUACGUUUUUUUUUUUUCGAGUUUUUCUCAGUUAUUAUGAAAAGUGUUUUAAAAAUCUAUGGCUACCAUUUUUAAUUAUUAACUAGAUAAAAUUCCGUUUCAGAAAAUAUGCUAUCCCUAAAAUUUAGAACAAGAUUUCUGGUGGAAAUCAGAAAUCGAAUUUUUUUUUUAAAUAAUGAGAUUUUAACGCUUAUUAAAGUAUAAUGAAAAACUAAAAAUCACCUCUCUAUCAUUACACCGAUUAGAUUAAAAAUGUAACAAAAAAGGUCCAAAUGUCAGUUUUUGAUUAGAGCAAGAUUUUGGCAAAAAAAUUAUUGCUUACAGACACAAAAAAAGAACAAACAAUUGUAAAACAUUUCCUCCUUCGCUCAAAAUCUAAAAAAAGUUACAGUAAUUAACAAUAAAAAUUAUAAUUACUAAUUAUAAUCUAUACUAUAAUAUAUACGAACCAAGUGUGUCUGUGUUUUUUGUCCAUGGAUUUAUAUAAUAAACAAAAUAUAUACAUAGUAUAUAACAUAUAUAUAUAUAUAAUAUUACCUUAUUUGCAUAACCUAACUUUACGAGCUGAUCAAUAAACUAUCUAUAUAACCGUCUGCAGUCUGAGUAGGCGCUUGUAAAAGUGUGUGCUUUACGAAUUUAGUUAAUUUCAGUUUGCAAAAUCGUAUGUUUCUAUAAUAAAGAGUUAUAUUAAAUAUUAAUAAUUAUAUAUUAUUAUAAUUAAUGAAUAUAGGAUUCAUUUAACAUUUCAUAUCAUAAAUUAUUUUAUUACUAUUAAUUACUUUAUAUAUAAAAAAAAAAAUAGAACUGAUAUUACUGAUGUAGAUAGGAAGUUGAAAGAAUAGUUAUAAUUUAGAUUAAAUGCCGCCGAAUCCAGGGAUAAAUCAUUCCAAAAAUAUAUGACUGUAAGUUGAGCUUGGUGAAAUAUUUUUUGCUCAAUUAAAUGUUAGUUUAAAUUAUAAAAUAUGUUCGAUUUUCGUGAUUUUUACGAAUUUCGUCAAAAUUUGUACUUCAAGAAUUUUUAUUAAAAAGAAAAAAAAAUUCCAUGAACUUAACUUAUGCGAAACAUUGUACCAAAAUUUAAAAUAUUAUACUAACAGUUUUGAGGCCAUUCUAGUAGAAUCUGCAGUCCCUAUCUUUCUAACUGACGAAGUAGCAAAUUAAAUGCUUUCUCAUAUUAAACGAACCAAAAGGCCGGUUUAAUCAGUAAUUUGUAGACAAAUUGUAUCUUUUAAUUUUUGACCAUUAGAAAGAUAGAACCGGCAAGUACUAUUAUGCGGAGCAUUAAUAAAUAAUAAGAUAUCAAUUAAAAUUGUUCAUUAUAUUUAAUUAUUAACAGUUCAUUAUUUUGAACACCACAUCUAAGUUAACCAAACCACAGAUUUUCAAUGAGCUAAGUGCUUGAAAUUCAAGGUAACCUAAUGUUAAGGUAAUAGAUUGUAGUAAAUUAUAAUUAAAAAUCACAGAGUUAAUGAUAUUUGUUUUGAUUUAUUGAGUACAAGGUAUCGGUUUACAAUGUGUAUGGUGCCAAUAUCUUCAAUUGUGAUUUAAUAAUAAUUGAUUUUUCAGUAAUAUUCUUAAUAAAAAACAAAAGUUGAUUAAUAUGUGUACCUAUAUGUUUACUACUUAAACAUUUCAUUUAGAAUACAAAGUCAUAAUUGAAACUAUUUAAAAACAUUUUUGACACCUUUGUCUAAUUACAGUUUCAACUUUAACACCUCAAUUUUAAUUUAGCAGUUUUGUUAUGUUGUCCGUUCUUAGUUAAUCUGAGAAAGUGUAAAUUAAGUAUUAUUAAAUAUUUAAGUUAAUUCUACUUAGUUAUUCUAUCUGAUUUAUCCCUGCCGUAUAUUAAUAACAAAGGGUAACUGUUAACAUGAAUUAAAAGAUAACGAAGAAAAUUUAAGAAUCUAAUAAUAAUGUAGUAGCUUAAAAAAUAUUACUUUAUUAUUAUUAUUAUAUCGACCAUGUGAUUUUUAAUAUUAUCAAAUCCGUAAAUUAUAAAUCUAGGAUUAAUAUUAAUAGGUUUUAAAUACCUAAUAAACAUUCUUAGAUAAGGUAUUCUGUGUGAGCUAUACAGCGUGGCUAUAGUUAUUAAACUUUUUUUUUUUAAGUAGACAUAUUUUAAUUUAAUUCGUUUUUGAUUUUAUCUCACCUAGUGGUUAUGAUUUUUAUAAUUUUUCAUACAUUGUAUACAUUGUAUACAUUGUAUGUUUACACUUGCAUGAUACGACUCGACUAUCCAGAUUAUUGAAAAGAAAAAAAAUCAAUAUUUAUAUUACCAAUGCAAUUCUUCAUCCGUUGCAGUAGAAAAAUAAAUCGAAUCGUUAGUAAAUUAGUAUUUUAUGUACGAGCACCCACCUAUUUUAAACUUUAUCGUACCAUCUUUAUUUUUUUUUAUUAUAAAAAUUAUAUAUUAAAUACCACGACUAAAGUCUAACGUGCAUAAUGAAUGAAAUUUAAAAUCGGACAAUCGGUAUUAAUAAAAUAAUGAUCUUCAUAACUUUAUGUAUAGAAUGUAUCGAAUAAUUUGUUUAGUUUAAUGUAAUACGAGUAUAGAUAACAAUAUUUUCUUUUGUAAAAUCGAUAAUUUGUUCACUUAAUACGGGUAUAUAAUAUGGGAUUUCGCGAAUCGAAAAAUUGUAGUGAUUUUAUUUUUAAUUUAUUGUUAUUUCGUAGUUGAUUUUUAAUCAGCAUAAUAAUACAUACCAAUAUUACCAUAUUAAACACAAUAUAAUACUAUAUAUUAAUACAAGUUUUAUUCACUACUAUAAUAUUUGAUUGAAUGCGUAUUUUACGACUAUGUAUGCCAUCAUAAUCGCAAAAACUAGAUGUAUUUUAUUGAACGAAAUAAAAAAAAAAAUCCAUCGUAACACAAAAGUGUCUAUAUAUCUGAAAAACAACAAUCGACGAUAUUAGUCGAGUAUUUGAUAUUUAACGGUUCGUGUCUUGUGAAAAACUGCCAAACCGGUUGAUCUUUAGUAACUAUGUACACUGACCAUUUUGUAUGAUCUUAAAACGUUUAAAUUCAAAACAUAAACAUUAAUAAUUAUGGUGUUUACCUACUGACGAUGCGUGGCACUUCGAUGAAAGGAAUAUGGCUGAAAAAAAGUUAUCACCGUCAAGGAUAACGCAGUGGAAUCGAAUUUAUUUGGUACAAUUAUUAUUUUUUAUAGGUGCUAAUAAUAAUACCAGUAUAUAUUAAUUAUUCGUUUAUUUAUUAAUUAUUAUAUUAUUAUAUAUUUAUAAUUCGUGCUAUAAAACAUCUUGCUUGUUUUCGAUUUAUUAUAAACGUUCAGUUAAAACGUUUAAAAAUUUUAUAAAAUUUAGUUUCGUAUUUUGGCCAGUAGUUAAACGAGAUUUUAGAUUCAGAGCGUAGCGUGGAAUGUAUUGGUUUUGCAAUUAUUAGUAAUUUUCUGAUUUUACAAUUGUUUUUUUUUUUUAUUAUAAUUUGGAAAACCCUGGAUAAUUGUAAAGGAUAAAACGGUAAAAUAUUUACGGCAUAUGGAUUUCGUGGUUUUACAUUUUUAUAACUUAGGUUUUCUACUAGAAAUCUUGCUUCAAUCAAAAAAUGACAAAAGAUCUUUUUUUUUGCAUUGUGGAUCUAGUCGGUAUCUAAAAAAACCAUUUUUCGAUUUUCCGAGUUGUUUUAAUACUAAUAGGAAAAACCGGAAAAAGACGAAAAAUGAAUAAACUUACCCCAGAAAUAUUGUUCCAUUAAAGAAACGAUUAGAGAUUAUCGUUGUUGUAUUUUUAAUCUAGUCGGUGAGUAUGAAAUUCUUCGAUUUUCCUUUUAGUUUUUCAUUAAUUGAGCAUAAACGAAGAAAACAUAGAAAGAAUGGGACAAUUUACAAAUAUCAUAUAUUUUUAUUGUUUUCAAUUAUAUUUUUUUGUUGUAACUCAGUUAAAAUAUGUUUAUAGAGAAUUUUUACAUACAAUUUAAAUUUGCUUUUUAUAAACGUGGUAAAAUGUUCAAAACAUUAGAUUCAUUUUGUAAGCUAUUUAUAGACAUUUUAAUUUAGCUAGUUUUUUUAUCUGGUAAAUACUCUGGAUGAAAUUGUUAGACAAGCACUGAGAUGCUUGGAAUCUACAGGCUAUGGUUAUAAGACAGUUAAAAUUUUAAAAAAUUUUCAACGGAAUGUUAUAUGUAUAAUAAUACUCCAUGACAGAAAUAAAAAUGUUUUCUUUAUGAAUAGAAAUAUAUAUAUUUAUACCUAUGUAUAACAAAAUAUAAUUAACGCUAAUCUAUUAACAAAAUUUAAAAUGUCUAUAUUUAUAAAAUAUCGACAAGAAAAUCUGAAUUUUUAAAUCUAGAUUUUAUAUCAGAUAUAUGUAUACUUAAAACUUUAUCUAAACUCUUGACUUAAGAUUUAUUAUAUUUUGAAUCAUUAUGAUAUUAUUCCUUAUGCAAUACAAAGAUGUACAUAUUGAACAAUGCAUGUAAUAUAUUAUAUUUGUUUACAUUUGUUUUUUUUUUUUUUUUUUUUAUAGUAAUAGCGGUGUAUUACAUUCCAUGGCUACUGCAGCCAUCGGUCCAAACUUUGGGGACAUCGAAUCGGACGGAUCAAGAGCCGAAGACGGGCUUUUGAGUAGCGAAUGUGAAACUCCUAUGUACGAAAAACCCCAAUUCAGCCAUUAUUUUAGACAGGAUUCUGCAGACAAACACGUACAGUUUAACGUUGGUGAGUAAUAAUGACAUAUUAUUAUGAAUAUUAUACAUGAGAAUUCCCAAUCACUCGUUAACUAAUGAUCAGUUCUCUUAUUAGUAUUUCGUAUUUUUAAGCGAUGUUUAGUGUAUAUUAAUUAUAUAAAUUAACUUAUCAAUAACACGUCAUGUUUUACUAUCAGUAUUAUGGAAUCUAAAUAUUGUAAGAAAUAGCAUAAUCGAAUAUUUAAAUUUAUUCUUGUUAUUAUUCCCGUUGCUGACCGACAAGAGACAAUAAUUUGUAUGAUAAGGGAUUUAAUUGAUUUAAAGCAACACAGCCAUAUACAGCAUACACGGUAUAAUGUGUCCGAAAAUAUAGACAAAAUAAACUGUUAGCACCACUGAAUCCGGAACACGAUUAUUAUUAUUUUUCUCCGAUAUCUUAUUAUACGAGUAGUUAUUAUGUAUUGUAGCUAUAACGCGGAAUGUACGUCAUAUAAUUUAAAUUAAAUAUAAUAUAAUAAAAUAAAUAAAUAUUAUAUCUUUUUCAUUGUUAAAAAAAUUCCUUAAAUUCGUAAUUUUUUUUAAGAAAAAUUUGCCAUAAAAAAAUUAGUAUUCAUACAGACUAUACAAUACACCAUAGGCUUUUAAAGCUUAUUUAGAUUUGUAAACAAAUCAUCGUUUGUAAACGUGUUUAAACUGCGAUAUCAGUAAAAAAUCGAACACCGUUUUUAGAUAAAAAAAAAAUAUAGAUUCCCCAUAGAGUUAAAUGAAUCGUGAGUUAAAUGAACGUACGAGUUCAAAUACUCAAAUGAAUUCACUUUAAUUAAAAAAAUUCUUUUCAAAUUUGAAGACCUAUUAUUUUAAACAGGUUCAAUUAUCUAUUUGUAAAGUCCCAUGGCAAAAUUAAAACUCUUUGAAUAGACCAAUAUUAUAUUUGCUUCUAAAACAUUGAUAAAUUUAGCAAUCCAUAGUUUCAUUGAUCUACUCGAAAUAUUGACGAUAUGGUUUUUCGAUUAAACGUAAUCAAUUAACGUUUUCGUUAGUUCAUACUACAUUAAAAUUUAAUGUAUGUGCAAUAAUACAGAUUAUAUAUACUCAAUAUUAAUUUUCAUACUGAUUUGUUCCCUAUGUAGGACUAUGUAUUAUAAAAUAAUCAUGCUACCACUCAUUUACGACAAAACCUAAUUCCUGUAGCUUUAUCUUUUUUGUAUCUAUAAAUAAUAUUAAUCUAACAACUUCAUUAUAAAAUUUAAAUUUAUAUAAAUAUUUUUAAAAAAUAUAUUCAAAUUAUUUGUAUACAGAGACGAAUAUAAGAGGGGAAUAUGGAUAUUAAAGCCCCCCCCUUCACACGUGUAGGUACUUAAAAAAUAGGAACUAUACUAUAUCAUAUGAACUUAUAUCAAAAAUACAUUUUUAAACCAUAUAGAAAGUGAAUUUUUUUAGUGUAUAUAAUAAUACAUUUGAUUAUACCUAGCUAAGAAAACCGAAGUUAUAAAAUAUAAAUAUACAUGGUAUACUAAUAUAUAAUACUAUAGGGUGCCAUUGGAUUUUUAGAAAAUACUUUAGGGUGCCGUGAGUUAAAAAAGACCGGGAACUUUUGAUUUAUAGAAAUUAAAUAAAUUUAAGUUAUAGUAAUAUUGAAAAUGAAUAUAAUAUUAUGUAGCUAUAGCUACCUAGUUAUCUUAAUGAGAUCAAUUUUAUUUUAAAUAAAUUUAAAAAAAAAAACGAAUAAUUUAAUCGUGCUAAACAUUCCAACUAAAUCAAUUUCCUGCAAAUACUAACUCAAAAAAUAAAUAUUUAAUUCAAAUUGAUCGAAGUCACGUGCAGCAGAUUUAAUAAACAAUUUACUAACGCUAUUGAUUUAAUUACCAAACAUUACAUUUUGACUAAAAAAUUAUUCCAAUAGUCAACUGAUACUAUAAAUUAUUAUGAUUAAUUCAUGUUUUUGGUUUUUAAUGAUUAUUGCGUUUGCGAUUAAUUUAUAAUGGUAUUAAUUUGAUUUUAGGAUCAUACAAUUUAUUAUAAUCAACAAUUUUUGUUUUACUAUUACAGUAUUACUUAUGCAAAUUAAAAAAUUAUAAAAAAAGGUUUUUUCUUUAAAAAAAAUUCAAUAAAUGUGAUUAUAAAAAGUUAUAUUAAAGAUAUCAAAAGAAUAUUUAUUAACGUUGAACGGUAUAGGUGAAAAUGCAAUUGACAACUUUUUAAGUUUUUAUAGUUGUUUUGAAAAAUGUGAUAAUAUUAUUGUUAUUAUCAUGAACAUAAUUUUAAAAUGAUUACAAACGGAAUGCGCCAGUUAUUAGUUUUACCAUGAUGUGUAUUUUUUAAAUUAUUAUUAUCUCAUCAUUAUACUUUAUAUAAGUUCUUAUACGUUUUAACAUUAUAAGUAAAAUUAACGCAGUAGACUAAUACUUAACUAUAUUUAUACAUAAAUAAAUAAAUAAAUAUACCACGAUCUUUUAUAAAAAUUUGUCAUCAUAUACCAGGUGAUACAUUUAAGUGGAUACACUCAUUAUCUCGAAAAGUAUUAACUUUUUCGGGAAUGUUUUUUCUAGAACAUUUAAAAAACAAGCUGCUCUACAAUUUUAAAUUUUUGUUUGGAAAUCAAAAAUUUCAACACUAACAUUUAUUUUAAAUAAUACUUUAUCUAUUUAUGGAAUUUUUAAUAUAGGUUGUCAUUUAAAAAUCAAAAGUAGGUAGUGGUUUUAGCCCCCAAAAUAAGGGCGACAAAAAAUAACAUAAGUUUAAAAUUGUAGAAGGUGCUUGUUUUUUAAAUGUUCUAGAAAAUAAAUUCCCGAAAAAGUUAAUACUUUCCGAGAUAAUGAGUGUCUUAUGAUAGAUUGAUCACCCGGUAUAUUAAAUUAAUAUUAUAUUUAUAUAAAAACUGUAGUCCAUUAACAGGGGGCACGUGUCCUUGUGCCCUCCCCCUGGAUCCACCACUUGGACAUAUAAUAUUAUGUACAGUACUAUCACUAAUAUUAUUACUGAAUAAAUGAUUUUUGGUGAAAUUAAAUUGUAUUUUAUUCUAUGUUAUACGAUAUUAUGUUAUUGAAUGUUAAACUUGAUUAAAAAAAAAAAUGUUUUAAAGGAAGCCAUUUCGGGGGGGGGGGGGAGUGACCUCCUUACCCCCCAUCUGUGUGCGUCACUGUGACCGAGUAUAAAAUCGUUAUUACCCGCGGGUUACACGCAAGGCAUACGACUAGUAUAUAAUUAUAUUCAAAAAAUAGUAAUUUAUUGUAUUCUUAUUGUUAUCGGUAUUAUUCUAUUUAAAGUAGUUCCGCGAAGAUAUACAAUUUCUAUAAUGGUUGUCUAGGUUAAUUUAAAAUAAUAAUUUUUUUUUUAUCAUCCGAAAUUCCGAACUUCGCUCAUACAACAUUGUUUACUUGCCACAGGGUAAUACAAAGAAUAUAAUACGAAUUAUAUCAUUUACGUGUUCUUUUGUAAUACAACUUUGUGAUAAUGUCGUAAUAGACUCCAAAAGUAUCAAUAAUAACUCUAUAAUAACCGUUGACAUAAGGAUUCCAGUAAAACAGCCUAAAUAGUAUGCUUAAAAAUAAAAUCAAAAUAUAAAAUACUGCCAAAAUAAUUGUUAGUUAAACUUUAAGUUCUGAUAAAAAAAAUAAUGAUUUAAGCUUACAAAGUAAAAAGAAAAAAACCCUACAAUAACUAAUUGAUUAGUCUUGGUCGUCAUUACCGUCGUCAUUUUGACGUUAACAAGUUGUCAUAAGUGAAGGUACCUAUGUGCUUGAAUUAGUUAUUUUCUAUCGUUUGAAUACAUUUAAAUUGUUAAUAACAUUUUCUUUGAAACGUUCAAAGUAUUAAUCAAAGAAGACACAUAUUAUGGAAUCAUAAUAAAAUAAUAAAUAAAUGAUAUAACACAAGAUUAAGUUUUUCAUCCCCCAUAGAAAACUCAUAAAAAUAGGUACGUUUUAAAUAUUUAAAUUAGAUGUAUAAAUCUGUUUAAAAUUAAACUAUACUAUGAAACACACACCAUUUUCUUCGUCUCGAUUAAUUAAACAAACUGUUUCUGAUCGUAAUCACUUAAUUUUAAUUAAAUUUAAAAUUAAAAUUCAGUUGCAAAUACAUUAUAAGUUAUUGCAAGUUAUUUCGAAUUUCCUUUUAAAGACUCCUUAAAUAAAAUGCACAUUUUCUGUUAAAUUUAUACUCAUGUUAUAUUUUAUUUUACUUGUACAAAAAAAAAACUUUAGACAUUUAAACUUGAAAAAUAAUGUGGCAUUUAUUUUCUGCUCUGUAAAACAUUUGAUUUCGAUGAUUUAAAGUGUUCUUUGAACGAUUAAUUUUUUAUAUGCUUGUCGAAUUCGAAAAGUUUCAUUUAUAACUUUAGGAAACAUUGGACUACUAAAACGUCGUCAUUAACUUCUGGACCCUUCUAAUUCAUUGAAAAUCCGUUAUAAGUCGUGUUUUUACUCUCACCAAUGACCAAUCUAUAUUAUAUACUGUUUGUAUAUUAACACUUAAACUGUUUAAAAAAAAAGCUCUUUAGUUAUAGGUCUUAGAGAUACAUUGUAAAGGUUAUAAAUUAUUAAUCUAUGUCGGUAAAAAUAAUAUGAUUUGUAUUUUAGAUUCUGAGCAGAGCGAUGGAUGUAUUGGUUUUAUAAUGAUGUUUGUUUAUUUUUAUUUUUUUUCUGUGAACAACUUCCCUUCAAGAAAUUAUGCUCCGAUUUUCAAAUAUAACAUCUUUUUUGAAAGGAAAUUUGAUUGAUGAGGUACUUGAGUAUUUAGGUACUGGGAGAGAUUUUUUCAGUGGUUUUCAUAAUAAAUGGAAAAAAACGUAGGAAAAACGGGAAAUGUAUUAUUUUAAAAUCGUAGAUAUUACAGCCUUUUAAAACAUGUUUAACCGAACUCCGCUCAGAACCAUUUUUCAUUAGCAACGAUUAAUCGUUGCGUACAGAUAUACAUUAAAUUUCCCUUCUACCUUCCCAACUUCUCACCUACAAUAAUGGCCCACCCAUCGUGCGAAGUUUGUACGUUUUUUGUAUUCUAUUUUCAUUCAUUACUCAAAGUAUUAUAAAUGUAUAUUUCUUCAGUGUUAAAUGUGAGUAUUUAGUGAAGUUUUUAUAACUCUGUGGGUUAAAUAUUAAGAAGCUCGCUGUUGGAUUUCCAUAUUUUUUCUAAUUUUGUUAAAUUUAAACAUUUUAAUAACCGCCUUAAAACUAACACGUGUCUACUAAUCUACUACCCGAUAUCAAUUCAAGGGAUUGUUUUACGGACAAAAAUUACUCUUUGUUAAUAAGAAUAAUUCAUUGUCAACAUAAUAUUUUCUUAUUAUUUUAUUUUGAAAUUGAUAAAUAACAAUAUUUUACAAAUCACAUUGAUUACAAUGUUUCACUUGAUUUCAAAUUAUGGUAUAAAAACAUAAAAUAUUAAAAAACGUAGUUCAAUGCGGUCUUUCUACCAAAACAAUAAUCAUUCAAAUCGAAACACUGUAUGAGGCAUGAAAGUUUUUAUCGUUGGCAUGUUUUGACUGAAAAAAUACUUUGGGCAUGGGGCCUCUAAAUGAAUUUUUAAAAACAUAAUGUUUCUUUUUGAAUUCUAGAUGAAAAAAACGAAGACUCAGCUGCGUACAUUGAACACAGAGAAUUUGGUGCACAAGAAAUAGCACGUCAGGAAAUGAAAAAAAAGAAGCGAAAACACAGGUACUUACAUGUAAUACAAAGUUUAUUAAAAAAAAUGAAACUAAUGUAAUAAAACUAUUUGAAUUUGUUUAUAAUAAAUGAAAAUUGUUCGCCUUUUUUUACGACUUAUGAAGCCUGUGCAAAAAAGAAUAUAACAUCUAUAAAAAUAUAUAAACACGAAAAUGUAGGUAAUCAAUGUCUUUUAUCGAUCUAUUGACCAUGCAACUUUAUAUUGGGUACUGUUUAUCUUAAAUAAAAUAAAUGAGAUGUGUAUUUGUACAAUAAUAUUGUGUUUAGUUAGGAUUUGCAUUUAUGCUGUGUGAUCGCAUAAGGCGAUGGACAACGGUCUGAUCAUUGGCUAUUGGUCGACUUAUUUAUCCUUUAAGGGAUAAAACUAGUUGCAGGGAUGGCCUCGAGCAGGCUGGCGACAUACACCCCCAUAUAAAUAAAAUAAAUAAAUGUAUACAUAGUAAUAAGUAUAAUAUUCACAUCGGUAGGAAUUCAGGGAUUUUAACCUCCCCCCUCUUUUAAACGUCUUUGAAAAUUACUUUUAAAAGUUAACAUUUUUUAAGUGAACAAGGUGAUUGCAUAGUUAACCGGAUGGUUUUAACACAAUUUUGAUAGAAUUACUUAGUAUCGAUCUCUAUACGCUACGUAUUAAUAAAAUUCUAACAAUCUUAUACCAAAAGCAGUAACUUAAAGUAAUCAAUUUGUCUGAAUAGCAUCCUUAAACAUUAAUAAUUUAUAAAGAAAACUAUUUAUAAUAUUGUUUAUUCGAACACUUAUUUUAUUGCUAGAAUAACGAAAAAUGCUAAUGCUUAUUUUAUAUUCGUGUUUAAUAAUAUUUAUAUUUUGUUGAUAUUUUUAAUUGUUAACGAGGAAUAUUUGUUUUUUUUUUUCUACAGACAUCAUCAUCGUCACCAUAGUCGACACAAGCAUAACGAAAGAGAAAUUUUUAUCCCAAAGGACGAUUUACAGCUUGACGAAAAUUUAGACGAAUUUUUACAGGACGAUUUAACAAGUAAGAACAAGGCAGCUAAUAAUUUAUUAUGAUAACUUAUUAUUUCUCAUUAUAUGAAAAUAUUAAAGAAAGAAAAAUAUUAUUUGAUCAAAUAAAAUGUAUGAAAAUCAGUCGACGUUUAACUAAUAGAACGAAAUAUUUUAAAACGAUAUUUCAUAACAGUAAUAUUAUGAAAACAAUAAUUAUUACUUACCUAGCUAUUCUGACUCGCACUAAAAAAUUCAUUAAUAGUGUAGUAUAUUAUACAAAGUGAUUCAUUAAGCGUGUUCACCCUAUUUUUUUAGCUAAAUUUUGCAUGUACAUAUUUAAAUUCUGAUUUUUGAAAUUUUUAAGUUUAGUUAAAACCGAUAUUUUCGAAUACUUAGAUUUUUCACAAUAUAUAAGAAAUAUCCUGUGGUGAUACCAAUUUUGGUUUUUCAAUUGAGAACCUAUAUUAAAAAUUCCACAAAUAGAUAAAGUAUUACUUUAAAUACAUUUUUAUAUUAAAAUUUUUAAUUUCUGUCAACCCUUUGACGAGAUAUUUCACUUUUAAGUUUAGGUGGGGGAGAGUAAUUUACUAUUAUUUGUGUGGCAACACGGCGCGCAGUGUUUUAUUAGUGCUUCACUACUCCUCCUCUACCUAAACUAAAAAUGAAAUAACUCGUCAACAGAUUGACGGAAAUUAAACAUUUUGAUACAACAUUUAUUGAAAGUAAUAUUCCGUCUAUUUAUGGAAUUUUCAAUAUAGGUUCUCAUUUGAAAAAUCUAAGUAUUCAAAAAAAUCGGCUUUAACUAUAUUUAAAAUUCCGAAAAUCAGAAUUUGAAUUUAUGUACAAUUUAGGUUAUAGAAAAAAUGAGAUGAACAUGUUUAAUAAAUCACUCUGUAUAUUCAACUAGGGUUAGGAUGUUUAUGCACUUAAAAUCCACAAAAAAGUGCUUAAAUCGUAAAAAAAAAACACAUAAAAAUAUUUCAAAAAGCAAAAGUUGUAGAGGAUUUAAAGUCCCUCUUUUAACUGUUCGAACCCUAUUAAAUACAAUUUACUAACACUGACAAAUGAUUAACAUAAAGUAUUAUUUUUAUUUUUUAUAACAUGCACAAAUUAAUUUGAAAAAAAAUACUUUAUUGAAGUUAAGUUGGAACCAUUAGAGGGGGGUCUUUUAAACCCCCCCCCCCCCCUCCAGCUCUAGCAUUAUUGCUUUUCUAAUUAUUCUUUUAGAGGGUACCAUCGCUGGAUGAUUUUCCUCAUCAUGUGCUUCAUGUGUAUUGUUUUUAUGUAUAUAGUGUUAUAUCGGUCAUCUAUUUUACUUAUUGUGUUAUGUAAUACAGUUUGUAAAUUUUCAAAUAAAAAAAAAAAAUAAUUAUUCUUUUAAGUGAUUUUCAGGCCUUUAUUGACGUUUUUAAGCGUAUUUUGUGGAUUUUAAGUGCAUUUAGUAGGAAAAUAAUUAAUUUAAUUUAAUUGUUUAGUUUUCUAAAGGCACCAUAAUAAUUAUUUCAAUAAUUCUAUAUUACGUGAGUUUAAUUGAAAAACUUUAUUAAACCCAGUGGGAUUGAUGUAAGUAUAUGUAUGAUUUGUGACUCAACUCGAAAUUUUUUUUUCUUGUGAAUAGCAAUUUGUUUUUUUUUUUUGUACCACAUGGCACAUAUUUUUUCCCGUUGAAAUCAAAAUUGUAACUAUUCUCGUUGGUAAAUAGUUGUUGUUGAUAGUAAAUGAGUUAACUACCUGAUCUACGUGAGCCUGUGCACAAAUUUAAGUACUUAUGACAAAACAUUUGGAAUGACUACACUAAAAUAUAAUACAUCGUUUAUAUAUAUUUUUUAUAAUAUGUAAAAGUGCGUUUUAUUUGACACGGAAUAAGCGUUAUAAUAUAUUCUCGUGCAAAAUGAAUAUUGACGAAGAACAAUUUUCAACUAUUUAAAAGCAGCUAAUAAUGCUUAAAGCUAUUAAUAUUUUACAUACUAUUAAUUAACAUGUUGAAUUUAGAUAAAAAUUCAUAUUAUAUAUAUAUAUAUAUACACAAGUUUUGAAAUGUUUAAAAUGAGUUAGAUAGUGAAAAAUAUUGAACGAUAUAUUUUUAAUUUACGGAAUUUCAUAACAUAACAAUAAAAUAUUUUAUUUUUACUGAUAAUUAAAUAAUUUUGAUCAAAAAAAAAAAAAUUAAUUGUUUUUUAGAACAUUAAUCUUCGAUUUUCGAAUUUUAAUUCGAUAAAUCGUAUUAAUGUUAUACAAUAUUCAGAUAAUCUUACUUGACUGAUAUUACGAUAACAGUAUACAAAAUUACGAAAUUAAUUGAAUUCGUAAAAAAUAUAAACAGUACAUAAAGCAAUAGACUUUAUACAAAGAACAUUCUCUUAAUAUCAACUAUCAAUAUUAACUAAUCAUUAAUUUUAUAUACCUUUAUAUAUCUAUUAUAUAUUAUAUAUAUUAUAUUAUUAGUAUAUCCAUUAUAUUAACAAUAAUAUGUUGCAUAUGACGUAGGUCAUAGAUAUGAUUGUAACAAAGAAAAACGAAGAUUCAGUGGUAAAAAUAAAAGUUCGUUUUUGGUUCCGUAUGCCGGAGAUAUAGACGGAACAUUAAUUGCGGGAUUGCCAAUAAAAGUGAUCAAGAAAUACGUAGACCACAGUCCGCAUGCGGUACGUUUUUAAAUAUUUAAUUAUAUUUUUAAAUAUAUUCUAAUAUUCAAGUGCGUCGCUUGUUCAGCUCGUUGAGUUAAUUUAUCUCGCGUGGUUUGUAUAUCUUUGAGAUAAAUGAUGUCUUAAAAGAAAAAUAAAUAAAUCUGAAAUAUUAAAAACAUAAAUUGAAGACGAACUUGUAUAGUGUUUUGUAUUGAUUACGAACCCAUUGCAUCGGUAGCGUUUGUGUUUUUAUAUAUUAGAUGUAUAUGUUAUUAUGAAUGAAUUUUCAUCACAGGUGUUCGUUCAACUGGACGAGUUAAAGGCUAACGGAGACGAACGCGAAUGGAAAGAAACUGCUCGAUGGAUAAAAUACGAGGAAGACGUGCAAGAGGGCACGGACAGAUGGGGUCGACCGCACGUGGCUUCGUUGAGUUUCCAUUCGUUGCUGAACGUGAGACGGUCAUUGGAAUCAGGUAAAUUUUUAGGUUUUUUUUUUGGCAACCGAGAACUACUGCUUGUAGUAUGGAAAUAAAUGUCAUGUUCUCUUAAAGGUGUGAUUUUAUUGGACUUGGAAGAAAAAGACCUACCCGGUGUAAUAUACCGCGUAGUCGAACAGAUGGCCGUCGAAGAACUGAUCAACCAAGAGGACAAAGCCGCGGUCAUGAGAUUGCUAUUGCUCAGACACAGGCACGUCCAACAAGACGGCGAAAAGUUUAGUAGGUUUAUCAGACGAAAUACGUCCAGCUACACGAGUCUUACGGUAACUACUAACAAUUAUUUAUAUUACGAAUUUCAAUCGAUUUUAAAAUGGCUUCAGAAUAUUAUUUUGUUACGUAUCUACAAACUUAUUUUGGGAAUAAUUUGUCUUUUUCUGUUUCUUCUUUUUCUUCCUCGUUACCUAAAUAAUUGAAAAAUAUCAAAACACAAAAAAUCAUUAUGUAGGACAUUUGGGUAUCUAUGCAGCAUUCAUAAUAUGAACAUAUUACAUAACAAUGUAUUAUAUUCUUAUACAUUAUUUUAAUUAAUUAAUAGUUCUAUAAUUUCUUAACAAAUUAAAUUAACUGCUUUAAUCAUUUCUUUGUGUCUAUUUUUAAGCCACGUAUAUUAUAUUAUUUUUUUAAGAUCUAUUAUUAGUAUAAUUAUUAUUAUAUAUAGGUAUAUCUAUAAUUUUAUUUAAAUAUUGUUUUUCUGACAGCAAUUUGAGGCAGAAAUUCUGGCUAAGCGGUCGGCAUCACUUACAUACAAUGUAAACUAAAUCUCUUGGUUGAAUAUUAUACAAACAUAUUUAUAAUAAUAUGCAUUUUUCUUUUCAUCAUUAAUAACAUUAAGACAUUUUUAUGCGUUUGUUUUUUUGUAGAAUAGACGUUUUAGUUUUAAAAAAUCCUUGAUUGACAAGAAUCCACUUGCUAGAAAUAUAUCUGAAUCGCUUUUUUUUUUUUUUUUUUUAAUAACUUCUUUCGGGAAAUGGCUUUAGGCCUUAAAUGCAUAACAAAUUCACAAUAUUAUGCUUCUUUUUUUUAACAUUUUAUGUGUAUACUGUAUAAUAUAACGUGUGUACUGUAUAUAUAUAUAUAAUAUGUAAUAAUAUUAUGUACAAUAUACAUUUAUGUUAUAAAAAAAUGUGAUGCUCUAAUGUACGUAGUUAACUCUUAUUAGAUUCAGAAAUUUCCCUAUAAAUAACACUAAUUAAUAAAAAAGCCUAUAUUAUAGAAUCAGUGGCGUAUUUACGACUUGUUUUUUUUUUCUGGGAGAAGGGUGUAUUAGCACAAUUUAGACGGCUAAGCCCACCUAAAUCAUAUCAAGCACAAUCAUAGUUUAAAAAGUUGUGAGCCUCUAGGGGAAACUUCUUAACCACCCCCGUAGCCGUAAAUUCGUCACUGUAUAGAAUUUUCUUAGUUAUCCUCAUCUAUAAAUUCAUUUUAAAAAAAACCAUACUAAUUGAUUUGAUAUUGAUUCGCAGAAUCUAAAUGACGACGGAAAGUUGAAAAUGAAAAGCACUGUAUCGAGUCACGAAAUGCAUUCAAGUCCUAAAUUUGGCAUCAACAAUAACAACAACAAUAACCGUUCGUUCUUAGAUUUGGACAAAAAUCAUAUAAAUAUCGACAUGAAAGAAGAAACUUACACCUCGUCGACCGAGGACAUGGUAAAAAAAGCGCAAAAGGAAAGCAUUCUUAAGCGAAUACCGAUUGGCGCUGAGGCCACUACUGUAUUGGUUGGGUCAGUAGAUUUCUUGAAAAAAAGAACAGCCGCUUUUGUACGUUUAGCUGAGGGUAUCAUGAUACCUUCACUGACUGAAGUAACAAUACCAGUGCGAUUCGUGUUCAUACUUUUGGGUCCCCCCGAUCCAAAAGAUAUUGACUAUCACGAAGUCGGAAGAUCGAUGUCGACUUUAAUGUCGAAUUCUGUGAGUAAUAAUUAUUGUUUAUAAUAAUAUGCAACAACUACUGAAUUUAAAGUUUAUAUACAGCAGAUUAAACAAUGUUUCGAUAUAAAUUACAGGAGUUUCAUUGCAAAGCUUACAAAGUGGCCGAACGUAAAGAAUUGAUUAGGUUGUUGAACGAAUUUCUUGACAGCAGUAUUGUACUGCCUCCUUGUGAUUGGGAACGGGAAGAGUUAUUAUCGCUUCGAGAAUUAAAAGAGAAGAGCGAACAGAUAAAGAGACGAAAAACACGUGCCGCCGCUCAAAAAGAAGGUAGUUUAUUAUGUUUGUCAAUGAACGAUUUUUUUUAUUGGUUACUUAGUGUGAAAACAAAAUGGAAACCGUUUUGUCUAUCUUGUAGACCUUUUGGGGUGAUUAAUUUGAUGGUAUAAAAAAUAUAAUAAAAUGAUGAUAAUAAUAAUAGUAAUACACGUUAUGUUUUUUAGCCGUAGCCUUAGUGUCAACAGCCAGUGGAAAAGGCGACGAUGAUAAAGAUAACCCUUUGAGACGUACCAAAAAGCCUUGGGGAGGUUUGGUGAAGGACAUACAGCGGAGGUUACCAUAUUAUAAAUCCGAUUUUUCUGAAGGGUUGAAUUUGCAGUGCAUAGCGUCCGCGAUAUUCAUAUAUUUUGCCGCAUUGUCGGCAGCAAUCACGUUCGGUGGUCUUAUGGGUCAGUAGUGGUUUAUAUUGUACAUAUUAUUGAUUGAAAGUUCUUUCGGUUGUGUUUUUUUUCGAGCAAAAUAUUUAUAGAGUAAUAUUUAAAUGAGUGUUUGUCAUUCCGUCGUGUUUCAGCGGAUAAAACAAAAAAUUUUAUCGGAAUAUCGGAAACUCUGAUCGCCACUUCCGUAUCUGGCGUCAUUUUUUCCCUGUUUGCAGGACAACCGUUGGUAAUUAUAGGAACCACUGGACCUUUGUUACUCUUUGACGAAGCUCUGUAUAAUGUAAGUUUAUUAAGAUGAUUUUUAUAUGUUUCUACUUAUUUUCAUAUAUUUAAAUCAGUCUAACAUCUUUCUUUUUAUAGUUUUGCCACUCUAACAAUAUUGAAUUUUUACCAAUGAGGGUCUACAUUGGUUUGUGGUUGAUCAUCAUCGCUCUGAUUGUGAGCUGCGUCGAAGGUAGUGUAAUGGUCAAAGUAUUUACUAGAUUUACAGAAGAAAUUUUCGCAUCACUCAUAUCAUUGAUUUACAUUUGGGAGAGUUUGUCUAAGUGCUUUAACGUAUGUACUUUUUAUAAUAUUAUACCCGAGACACCUUUGUAAUGAUAAUUUAUUUUUACAAACUCCUUAACUGUUAAAGGUAUUUUUGAAACAUCCAUUGUUACCGUUUCACGAAUAUUGUGAGGAAUUCAACAUAAAUUCUAUUGCUUUCAACUCUACAUCAAAGUAAGUAUUAUAGUUUUUUGUUUUUUAGUCGUAUUUUUAUUUAUCUCGUACUCUUUACCUUCUAAAAUAUAUAAAAUGUAUAGAAUUAUUUUCAUAAACUAACUUUACUAUAGCCAUAGUUCCUUUUUUAAAAAUCCUUUAAAAAACACUCACAUCUUGAUCUUGUUUACAAAAGCCAAAAAAAAAAAAGACGGGAAAAUGUACAGUGAAAAAUAAUAAUAUAUUAUACAUUAUUUUAUACCUAGUAUUACAAGUUUAUCAAGAUCCGUGGACCAACCUAUAAUUAAAAAUCAACCGAACACUGCGUUACUGUGCACAAUUCUAGCACUAGGCACAUUUUUUAUCGCCUAUUACCUUCGACAUUUCAGAAACAGCAAAUUUCUCGGAAGAAAUGUAAGUUAAAUAAUAACAUUAUAUUUUAAACUGGUACAGAUUUUAUUAAAUUAUUAGUACCUAAUACACCCAUUUGCAUAGUUGUAAUACAUAACUAAUUUCAUAUUUGUAAAACUGUAUAGUCGGCAUCAUAAUCAUUUUUUCAGAAAGUAUCCUUAUUAAAAUUCAUUGACGUGCACAGAUUUUAAUGACAGAGGAUUUCAACAAUUGUAAUUAAUAUGUGCAUAUUAUGGUGAUUUCAGAUUCGUAGAGCUCUUGGCGAUUUCGGUGUUCCUAUAGCUAUCAUAGCAAUGGUAGCGGCCGACUAUUUUAACCCGACUACGUAUACUGAAAAACUCAAAGUGCCCGAAGGUCUAACGCCAUCCGACCCACAGGUGCGUGGAUGGUUCAUAUCACCCAGCGGGCUGAAGUUUCCCAUUGAACCUUGGGUACCUUUCAUCGCCAUCGUUCCAGCUAUACUCAUCUUUAUUCUCGUGUUUAUGGAAACCCACAUCAGCGAGUAUGUACAUACCUUCCUGAUAGUUCCUUCUCAUACGCCUCGUCUUUUCCGUCGGACUCUUUUCUAAACUAUAAAUACCUACACCAAAACUUAUUUGUAGGUUGAUCAUUGCCAAAAAAGAACGCAAACUGCAAAAGGGUAGCGGUUUCCAUUUGGAUAUCGUGUUAGUGAGUGUCUGUAAUUUAAUGUGCGGUAUAAUUGGCGCGCCGUGGAUGAGCGCGGCAACCGUCAGGUCGGUGGCCCACGUGUCCUCUUUGACAGUGAUGAGUCGGACGCACGCUCCUGGUCAAAAACCCCAUAUCAUCGAAGUAAAAGGUUAGUUAAUAAUAUUAUUCUACUGUACAGUAUUUAAUUUAUUUGAAAAAACGCAUAAAUGAUAUUCUGUUUUCAAAUUUAAGAGCAAAGAAUCAGUUCUCUGUUGGUGUCCGUUAUGGUUGGCUGUUCAGUGCUUAUGGGUCCCCUGUUGCGAUUGGUACCAAUGGCUGUACUUUUCGGUGUCUUUCUCUACAUGGGAAUAUCAUCCAUUGAUGGUAUACAAUUUUUUGAACGCCUCAAAUUAAUUUUCAUGCCAGUGAAACAUCAUUCAGAAGCUCCAUAUGUUCGUAAUGUAAGUGUUUAUACAAUCAUUAAUUUAAAUUUAAGCGUUACCUGUUAUAGUGUUAUUUUUGUACGUAAAAGAAGCUACUCAAAUAAAUAAUUAUAAAAUUAAUUUUUUUUUUUUUGUUUAUAACAGCAAUAUAGUUAGACAAAAAUGGUAUAAAUAAUAUUUUUAAAUUCUGAACAAAAUGAGAAAUGUAUUGGCUUUACCAUGGUUCGGGCUUAUUUUUUUAUUUUUUCUGCUAACAACUUUUCCAUCAAAAAUCACCCUCCAAUCAAAAAAUGAUAGAUCUAUUUUGUAGCAUUUUGGAUCUAGUUGGAGGUCAUUUUUAAUUUUCUAAGUAAUUAUCAUAAUAGUUAGAAAAAUCUGAUUAAUAGAUAUAAGAAAAGCGAACAAAAUGUUCGAUAUUAAACGUUUCAUUAUAUUUUUGAUAUGUUUUGUUUUGUUUUCCUAUUCAAAAUCUUGUUCCUAAUUUUAAGAGUCAGUAGUAUAUUUUCUGAAUGAACAUUUUUAAUGCAUAGGAUGGUAAUUUUUUAUAUUGUCCAUCUAAUUUUUUUAAUAAAUAAUUGGGAAAAAACGUAGGAAAAAUAGUAAAGUUUAAAGUAAUAAUAAUGAUUCCAUUAUUUAAUUUUUAAUUUUUGUUGUAAUUAAGUUAAUAAUAAUAGUAGAGACUUCAAUUUUUACUAUUUUUAUUGUACAAUUUUCAAAACAGUUUAGAAAUUUAUUUAGCUAUUUAUAGGCAUUUGAGAUUUUUGAAUUUUAUUUGAUUUAAUGUGGAUAAAAUCUUUUAUUUUUUUCAGGUUCAAACAUACAAAAUGCAUCUAUUUACCGGAAUCCAACUGAUAUGUUUAUGUGUGUUGUGGGCUGUUAAGUCGUCAUCAUUUUCAUUAUUGUUCCCGUUCUUUUUGAUUUUGAUGAUUCCCGUGCGAUCUCAACUGUGUAAUAAAAUAUUCACUCCUAAAGAGUUGAGAGCAGUGAGUACCUAACUAUUUUGUCACCGUGAACUUAUCUUGUAUUAAUUUAGAAAUUUUUAAUUCAUAAUGUAUUUUUCACUUUUUGUCACAGUUAGAUAGCAAUGAACCAACAAGCACAAUUAACGAUGAAGAUGAACCUGACUUUUAUGCCGAAUCUCGACUACCAGGCUAA